AUGAAGUAAGUGGAUUCUUUUUUUAUGGGUGCAAAUGCACUGAUGCAUGGCUUUCCUGGGGUUGAGUGUGAUGGGAUGUUGAGAUGGUCACUUGAGGAGCAAGGAAGGCAGAAAAGUUUGGAAUUGAACUGUGCAGAAAGUCUCAGCAGCACACAGGGUGUAAGAGCCAAUUUUGGUGUGUUUCUAUGGGUUUGAAGUGGGAUUUAUGUGAAUUCCUUAAAUUCCUGUAUCAACCUCCCUUGUUUUUAAACCUCACAGCAAGAAAACUUUGCCUUGAGUUUCACAGAAAAAGUUUCAAAAAGUGUUUUUCAUUCAUAAAGUAAAGCCUUUUUUUCUGUUGAACAGUUGAAUAUUUCUCCAAAACGCCUCCACUGACAUGGUCCUAAUUGCUUUUUUGUGGCUCUUGCCGUACAAACAGAUUUUCCCCCAAGGCUGUUGAUAGGAGACAUUAAACAUAUGAAAACAUUAAAGAAAAUCAUACUAUAAAAAUUGAAAAUUCAAACCACAGAUGGAAAAAGUGGUGCGUAGACAUGUUGAGUAAACAACUGUAGAGUCCUAAUAAUCCUGCAGCCAGUGGUGCAAUCCUGCAGUGGUGUAAAAUCAUAAACCGGGCCGUAUCCUUGUUGAUUAUACUUCAAACAUCCAUAUGUUUCUUUAUUAGUGCUAUCAGGGAAAUGAAACCCAAGUCCAAUUAAGUAUAUCUUUGCUUGUAUGAGGGUUUGAGUCGCCCAUUUUUUGCUCAGGAUGUCGUAAUUUGGGUCAGGCCUGACUGGAAUGACAAACCCAGAGCGGCCGCAUUGUAACAGGGCUACGUGGGUCCAGCAAGACCUUCUUACUUGCGUUGCCAUGGCGUUCUCCAGCACUGGUAUAGCAACCCGAGUCAGUCCAAACAGUGUUCCUCUCUGUCUUAUGGGCAUUCCUGCCGCAGACAAAAGCAGCCCUCCGGCUCAUUCUUGCUCAAAAUGAGGUGUCCGCUUCAUUUCUUUAGAAUCAACACAUGGUGUGGUCCCAAUGAAAGAGUUGGCGGAGAUUAAACAAGAGGUGGAGAUGAGCUUGAGAAACUCAGCUUUGGUCAGUAGGAAGUCUGAACACAAUGUGGAUUAAGCUGGAGGGCAGCCAGUGAGGGCCAAACUCAUAAAACUACGCAGUUUCUAAAUAGGUCCUGGCAUUUUCCGUCCAAGAUGGCCACUUGGAGGCCCUUUAAAAAGAGGCAUUUUACACAUUCUGCCCUUUUCUCUUGUUAAAUGCUUAGACCACAGACUCCACCACGUGAUCUCUCCUAUAUGUCAAGACCGAGCACAAAGCAGCUUCAUUUCCGUCCAUGUCUUCACAAGCGCUUUGACGAGACUGUUCUCCAUGGAGGAGCCGGAGCAAUAAGGCAUAGAAUUGCGCUGUUAGGGCCCUGAGAAGUCCGCUCCAGGGGGGAGGGAAGAACUCUGAAUGGAGUCGAUUCUCGUCUAUAGGGCACAAGUAAGUGAGAGAGAGGGAGAGAAAGAAGGGUAGGGGGGGAUGAGGACAUACACAAAGAUUCUCACAUUGAGUGGCUGGUUUAUUCUUGUGGGGUACGCACUGACCCCUCACAUGUGGGAUGAACAGAAUGAGGCUUGAUGGGGUCCAGAGGGCCUCCAAAGAAAGGGAGGACGGGAUAAAGAGGGGAGUAGAAGAAAAGAGGAGGGGAGGGAUGCCAGGAGAGAGGCCUGGUGAGGAAACAUCCUUCAUUGCAUCCAGUUGUAGAUGUCAUCGCUCAACAUUUGCACAAGUAGAUCAGGGGAAAAUAAUAAUACAGCUAUACAGAUUGAUACUAGAUCUUUAGAUACAAUAUGAUAUGAUAGGAUAGCAUAUAUUCUAACAGAAUGCAGUAUGUGACAUGUUGGGAUUAGACAUGAUAUGAGAUGAUGAGGCAUAAACAGUAACAAUGAAUUUCCACUGCAUCUGAAAUGGCUCUGAUCUGGAACGGUGGCAAUUUUCGCCAUCCGCCAAUUCCUACUGGAUCCGUUUGUGGCAGCUUAUGGACAGCGGACAUUCACUUGCAAUCGUGAGAUAAUGAGCUGUCUCUAUAAAGACAGCCACAUAACCAUAUAAGCAGUAGAUUGUGUCCCUCCAGAGGAGGAAAUCUACUUCUAGACUCUCAACUUCUGGAAUCAGCAUCUCCUCAUCCAUGGUGUCAUUGGGUUGAAAUGCUGUCUUUGAACCUUUCCCUUGUUCGUCCCCGCCUGUUUGCAUGGGGCGAAAUACGAUCCGCCUGAAACACGCAGUGUUUUAUUUUGAAAAUAAACUGGAUGUUUUAUUUUGUGUCAGUGCCCGACUUCCUUUCCAGCACUGACUAAUCUGUGCUGAAUUUAUCUGGCAUGCUCCAGCAUCCAGAAAAAAUAGAACUCUUGCGAUCAGCUGCGGAUCAGAAUGAGGCCAGUGGAAAUUGACACAUUAACUUGAAUGGAUACGAUCAGCUGCGAUCGGCGGCUACAGCCUUUUCGUAGCCGAUCUGGAUGCAGUGGAAAUUAGAGGGUAAGAUUCAAUAUGAUAAAGAAUGAUACUACGCCAUACAAUAUGAUAGUAUACAUUACAAUGUGUUUCAAUACGAUAUGAUACGUUACAAUCCUACACAGUAUUUUACGACACAGUCUGAUACAAUAUAAUGUAAUGCUGCAAUAUAAUAUUCUUUGAUACAUUAUGAUACAAUGAUAUGCUGUGCUGAGGUUCCACCUUAUGGUUCCCUCAGGAAAAUAUGUCAUAGUUUACCAGAUUUGGUCAAAUACACAGUUUUUUUACCGAUCAAAUAAGUAACAAAAACUGUAAAACUGCAUACAGUUUUUCUAGCUAACACGAUAGUAAUCGGCUUAAGAGAUGGUCUACAGUGACUAGUUACUAAGUCAUAUAAAUUUAUAACUAACUGACAAGUUAAAUGUUAAGAAACGAUCAAAGCACAAAAUGAGCACAGUUUUUUUUUUUUCCAACACAACUGAACCCAGGAUCUAAACACCAGAUCUAAUUAUCUCUGUGCAAAUGAUACCAAGUGGCUUUACCCAGUAUGGCUUAUACUAGCAGAGCUGAAGUUUAUCGACUUUUAUUCUCUCUGGUGGACAAAGAGGACUCAAAUAACCCUCUGACAGUCAGCUGAAGGCAUGUAAAAUCGACCGGUUCAAUCACUCAUAAAUCUAGGGGCCGAAAAUGGUCAAAAUAAUCACAUCUUUGUGGAAUUAGGAUCCAACUCCAGCUUUUCUAGAGAGGAAGACAUGCUCACAAUCACACUUCCUCAUCCUGCCGCUGAAAUCUCACCUUAUCUUUUAUUCAACUGCUGCGAUUUGCAGCGACUGCGAGGGGACCGGCUCCUGAAGCCACUUGGUUAAUAGUCAUGUCUGGAGACACAGACGUUCUCAUGGAGACGUUAAACCAGCAGCUAUCUCAUUAAAGGCGAGGCCGAGACAAUCAAAGCUGUCUGAGCAGCUGAUGUGAGACUGUUGCUCUUGUGUGGGGCUGGACCCCAUUGUCUGAAGGAAACCAUUCCCCUGUGAGCCGCAAAUGCCACUCGUGUGUGGAUACAAUACAAAUGGUUUGAGGAUUGUUUUGGCAUGCAAGCGUGAGUCUACUUCUUAGUUUUCGGAAUAAACUCAAACUUCCACCGUUUAGUUUUGCACCCUGAAAAGAUGCAAAUUUCUCCCCCUGCUUAAAUUUGUACAUAUUUUUUACCCUCCCUGAUGAAAAACAAAUAUCUACAGUAAUUGUGGCCCGCGUCUCUCUGCACUGCUGUUGGUUUGAUCUGGUGUUUGAUCCUCUGAGAGCUAAUGAUAACCCGAGGCUUUCCACUCUAAUCAGUCAACUCAUUAGCUUCCCUUUCAGUCACGCAGCCGCCCACACACACUUAUCCUCAUAUGUACAAACACAAACUGUCUCGGGGCGUGACAGUAGGUGACUUAAAAAGAGAGGGCAAAGGUCACAGAGCUUAAACAUGAGUUGUAUGUAUAUCUUCUAAAAAGGAGUAAAUAUGAAGUAAUCUAAGGGCGGGCUCCAACUUUUAAUUGGCAGCGUCUGAUUUUGAGUUGUUCGGCAUGUACUUCUUCAAGUUUUAUCUCUUUUAAUUCAAUUUUUUGUUACUUUUUUGUCAUUUUGUGGUAUUUUGCAUUAUUCCGUCAUUCUGCGAUUUCUAACAAGAUUCCUCAUUACCUCGUGUUGAUGGCGAACAUUAGUUUAAGAUAAACAGGAAGUGAAAACACAGUCAGCGAUUAAACUGCAACUCCUGAAAAGUACACAUAUUGCAUUAAUGGAGGAUAAUCUUACACAAGUGAGGAAUAGUUUAUAUCUCAGCAUAACUGCACUCUAUAUCAACAUCACUUAUAAAUUUAAAGGAUAGUAAGCACUGGAUCACAAAAUCAACACUUGGAAAGCUUCUCCUACCUCCAAGUCGUGAAUUUCAGACCACACUGUUGUAGCAGUGUAACUUGUAUUUAAAGUAAGUGAAUAAAUCUAAAGGACAAGAUCAUUAAGUACUUUCUAUUGCAAGUAAUUGGUCCCAAAAUGGAGAAACUAGUAUGAAUGGCUUUACGCUGUUGAAAUGGACUUGACAGAAACCUGACAUGCAAACUAAUAACUUUUUAAACCAAUGUUCAAAGAUGGAAUUGAUAGAAAUUAUAUACUGAAAUUGUGUGAUUAAUCUCAAUUAAAAAAAAACAUUUGACAGCCCUCCAAAUUGGAUGGAAAAUUGGAAAAUACAGACACCACCAAACUUCACUGGAUGUUAAUUCCAAGGGCGAAAAAAGACUUAAUUUGACUGUGUUCAUUCGUCAUGUCUGUGCUCAUGACUUUUUCUGUACCAGCAGCAUGUGCAGACUGAAAAUCAGAUGUAAAAUGGACAUGAAACGUCUAUUCUGGAUGCCAGAGAGUUCUGUUAUUAUUGUUGAAUUGAAACAUAUCUAUUUCGUAUUGAAUAACGAUUCAAAAUUCUGUCAUUGUGGCAACUUUACAGCUCCUGUGAAGAACUUUUUUUUUAUUUUUUUUUAUCACAAUUGGUGCCCCAUGUGGACAAAACAGCCUUUGCUUAUCUUGUCUGUUACACUUUUGACAAAAAAUCUCAUCAUUCUGACUCCUGAUGGUUAAAUGGAUCAUUUUUGGUGAUUAUUUUAUGUGCAACUUGAAAAAAAAAAAAAAAGAAAAAAAAAAGGCCUGUUUCUUCAGCUACUCUGCUGACACAGACCCCCUCUCUCUAGUUUCAUGCAUCACAAAGUUCAAUCUUAAAAAGACGAAUGUUGUAACUGGUGGUCCUGUUUGGUUCUGGAUAUCAUGAAAAGGAAUCAAAACUCCUUUUAGGAGCUUUAACCUAGUCUUGAAUACAUUCCCAAAACCAUGAUGUGAUCUCGUGAAGAAUUAAUGUCAGCUUGUCAGGUGUAUUAUAAUAAACCUGCCCUCACUGCUAUACAUGAAUAUAUUUACAUUUUAAAGCUGCAUUGAUUGGUUUUUGUCCACCGAGGGGCAGAAUAAGCCGUAAACCAGAAAGCCUGAAAGUAUGCUGUAAACAAAGGUUGCUGUAUACACGGUUUGGCAGGGAGUGUCAGAAGCUUUCUUACAGACAUUUUUAAAGUUAAUAGAGUAUUAAGUGGCGCUCCUUUAUGCUCUCCUGAAUGUCACCAGCUUUGGUUUUGUGCAGUUAAGUGCUUGGCAGAUUAUUACUUCUUUGGAUGUAUUCGUUUAAAAUCUGUCUAAAAUGAAGUUGGUGUGGAGUAAAGAAGCUGUAACACCAAAAUAAUGAGCCCAGGAGGCUCACCGGCUCUGCAGAACUGAGUCAAAUCCUUGCUGAUUUGUUUCUUGGGUUGCCCUGACCUAAAGUUGAUGCAAAUUAUUGUUUGAAACAGCUUUAAGUGUGCAUGCUUUUUAAAUAAUAAGCAAACUCUGUGCUAUUGUUAAACUCUCCUUUAGUGUGCAGGAAACAAUUCAGGCUUUGGACUGAGAGGCUGUGAUAGUGAGUCCUUAGCAAAUGUCAUUUCAGGGAACAGAGGUCCUGUGGGCACUCCCACUGCUUUGUGUGAAGCACAGGGGAGUGGUGGUGUUUGUAUUUCCUCUAAUGAUCUGAGGGAUGAUCUUGUCUCUCUCAAGCACCUUGUCAUCAGAGUAAAAGAGAGAAACUUAGGGAGGAGAGUUGAACAAAUGGGGCUGCUUCACUUCUAUUUACGAUAAAAAAAAGAGGAACAAGACAUGAAUCUGGAAAAAAGCCUUCAAAAUGAUCUUCUUUGAUAUGAACACUGAAAUAAGGUAUUUCAUUUCUCCUCCUGGCGAUAACAGGUGCAACAGAAAUAAAAACAAGUUACGGUAUCGACUUGGAAAACUUUCAAUCCAGUGCAGAACCUUGCUAAAUGGCACAGAGGUAAAUCCUGAGGGGACUAUUAAAUAACAUACACCCAAUGGGCUGCCAAAGCACCUCCUAAAUGCUGUAAUCUAUUGUCUCAAUCAAUGCAAUUUCCUUCUAUUUAGAGCCACUCUUAGGCUGCUUUUUAGCCAGAGUGGGAGUGGAUUCGACCCAGCAAGGGGGAAUUAUUAGCAACAUUAAAAUCAUUUCCAGAGAAAGGGCUUGAUUCCUGCAGGAUUUGAAGGGAUGGUCGGUUAUAAAAGGUGGGAAAGGGGGGAAGAAAAGAGACACUUACUCACUGUGAUUUGUUAUGAUGUGGUCACUGAUGUUGAAAGGAAAGUGAAAUUGAACGCGAGCUUCAAUGUGGAACACCCUCCUCCAUUUAGCGCCUCCAUUUCAGUCCCGGUGCUAAUUGGAUUGCUAAUGGUGAUGUGCGCGCUGAGGAGACAAACUUCUCUGAUUAGAAAGAUUUGCAUAGCUUGUACUGAAAUUCGAUUGUAUUUUAAGAGCAUUUCAUAGGGAAGAUGUAUAGUGAGCAUGUAUAUAGAAACAGGAAUCCUUUCACAGUGAGCAACGUUCUGAUUCGCAUUACUACAUGUUCACUAUACAUCAACCAGCCGCCUGCUUAAGGCUUGAACAAGGUGACUUUGAAUAUUUAUUCGAAGAUGACUUUGUCAAUUUUAAAUGAUCUACUGCUUAGACUUUUAGAACCAGUCUGAGGUGGAUACUGGCAUGUUUAUAAAAGGGUCAAAGUCCUCACUGAUGAUUGGUUUGAUAUCAUUUUUGUCAUGAGGUUAUUAUGGAGUUGUUUUUGUUGUUCAGAUAUCAUCACUGGUGUCAGGGUUUUGACCAAUCAGAGUCAAGUCUUAAAAACAGCUAAGUAAUUUUUGCCACAGUGUCAACAGGUAACAGCCAGUGUGUUUACAUGCACAGCCUAAUCGGAUUAAGCUCAUAAUUCGUUUUGUCCACCGAAUCGGACUUCUCUCCUUGUCCGUGUACACAUGCAGCUGAGAAAAUUAAAUUACUUAUGUGAAUGUGUCCUCCUCCCCAAAACUAAGGGGCGGUAUGGGUCUUUUCAGCUGCGCUGUUUCCGACCCCAUACAACCGUCAACAACAACAGCAGAUCUGUGCCAGAUGUCAGAAGUGGCUACAACUGCUGCUGGAGAUUUUUCGAGCAAGAAGAUGAAGCAUCGUACAGAGUUGUUUUUGUCGUACAUAAUGUACGCGCUACUUUUUCUGCAUGAGAUGCACGCUACUCCUCUUUGGAAGCAUUGUCUGAUCAUACUCCGACUACGCUGGUAACAUGGUAAAGAAAAUCGAAUUCCAAUCACAUUUUCCCAGUGUCUUAUUCAGAGUUCUCCGACUCCAAUUGGAGUUCUCAAACUCCGAUUAUAGCCGGACGAAGGUGUUUACAUGCACUUCAGUUGUCCGCUCUUAAUCGGAGUAGGGCAAUAAUUCGUUUUUCUUGAGUGUCAUGUAGACGUACUCAGUGAAAUUUGCCAGACUCCUCCUCCCAGAUUACUUUACAGUUAGCUAAUUCAGAGUUAGCUUUAUUAUAUCGUCUCAAAGUCUUUUGUGUUCCUUUAGUUCAACAGGCCAAAAUGUGCUGUGGUUACUCUUCUUGUUAAAAGGCCCCUUUUCACUUAAAAUGGAAAUAAUUUUGUACCGUUUGUACAGCACCUAAUGCCAAAGGGGGUGGCUAAUCCUUUGGUAAAUCUCAGCAGGUUUUAAUCUGGCCCAGUGGAGGGUUUCUGCAUCUUGGCGAUGUCUUCCUGUUCCUCCCUCAAGGCGCCACAAUCUGGAGAAAGUAUGAUUUGGAAAUUUAGGCUCCUCAAACGUACGGGCAAAGGAUUAGCCAGGCCCACGUAAUGGUUGCAAACACCAAUGCUUGGUUUCCCAUCCACCCACCAAUAAGUGAUUAGAAACCAGGAUCAGGAAAGGUUGGGGGAGGUGUUCGCCAAAGCCUCAAGAAGGAAAGUGAUCAGUCGAGAAUGUUUGUCACAGCCGUACCUUUAGUUGUUGAUGAAUUAUACAUUUCACUCCCUAACUUAAAUUUUUAUCCACAUGGAAGUGAGACCAAAGAGUGAGCGAGUCGAGUAGGAAGGGAUCUGGAGAAAGAGAGAGAGGCGAGGGAGACUCAUUAGUCAUAUCCAUUAGUAUUCCAUCCACAGCUUGUGCUGUGAGACAGCCGGUCUGUCCAAACAAACAACCAGCAGAGGGGGGAUGCCUCAUUAUUACUUCCCCCUCUUUUUUCUCACCCGGAGUUCACAUUCCAUCUGACCAUAAACACCAGGGCCAGGGCUGCGGCCUUGCCCUCUGUCUCCGCUGGAGUUUAGGGAUGUAAGCUGGGCUAGCAAAGCAACAUGCUGUUCAGUACAAGUUGGGGGAGAGUACAGUACAAGGUGUCGUCCUGGGAGAGAGGACACGAAAAACACAAUGUCUGAGUCCUCUGAGGUUUUUCCUUCAUUGACGCCCUCCACAGCCUGAUGCAUCGUCUGGUGGAAGAAACGUCCUUCCACCCUUGAGAUGUUCGCUCGUUACAUGCCUGACACCUUCCCUGCCCGGCAGUUUAUCUCAGGAAAUCCCAAUGGUCCCUGAAGGAGGCGCUUAGCUUGAACACCGACCUAAACUGUUGAAUCACGAGAGCCUCCGACGGAGUUUUUAUCAUGAGCUUUGUAAACUUAGCACAUUUCUGCUAUCUAAAAUGUAAAUCAGUGCGUGCUUGCUUUACCCACCUUCUUGUGAAAAUAUUCAUGAGGGUAAGAUUAUAUAAUUAAGAGAGUAUGAGUAACUCUGAUACAUCAAGGCGGUUCGCUGCUGCCUCCCACGUAAGAUGAUGUUUUUUGAUUAAAGAAAUUGUCUCUUUUGAUCAGGCUGUUUGGUUAAUAGACAGAGAGUUGACAUGAAACAAGAUCCCCCAUGAGCUUAAAGAUUCUGAUGUUUUGUUGACCCCCAAACACCCGUCGAUCUUAUAUAAACGAGUCUUUGAGGCUUUGUGAUGGGGCUGAGACAUAAUAGUAGAAGCAACAAAGAAGGUACCGCAUUAAAGAUUGUUUUUGAAGGACUAAUUUUCUCAUGCAAAUGAAGAUUUACAUUCUGACAAACUGAGUAGUCUGAAGGGAAGACAACACUCAGAAGACAGUCAAAAUCUAAUAAAACUUUUUUCAUACAGCUUAAAGGGAUAUUCCGGCGUAAAAUAAUUUACGGUCAAACACACCGCAACACCAAGUUAGACACCACCCUGCGAGAUGAAUGUUGCUGACCGCUUGCUUCUCUAGUUAUACCAACUUUAGUAAUGACCGCACGAUAGCAAUACACAGUGGUCCCAGGGGCCAUAAACAAACCUAAACCAAAAUGCCACUCUAUAGCCACAAAUAAUGCUCAGAACAGCACCUAACUUCAUCAACAGUACAUCCAGGGUCCCAGCCAUAGUACUAGCCACCAAACAUCUUUUUAACUUUGCCUGAUUUCUUUAGCAAAGAGACUAAACACAACUCACCCACUCUCUUCCAGCAGCCGCUUGUUUGUAGCAAGACCUCGAGCCAGUCCAUCACGGACAACAUCUCAAGGAAGAACAUUUAUGAUAAUUUCUUUAUCAUUUCCUUGAGGUAAUAAUAAUCACAGUUGGCUGCUGGAAGAGAGUAGGUGAGUUGUGUUUAGUCUCUUUGCUUAAGAAAAUUAGGCUAAGUUGAACAGAUGUUUGGUGGCUAGUGUUAUGGCUGAGACCCUAUAUGUACUGUGGAUGAAGUUAGGUGCUGUUCUGAGCAUUAUUUGUGGCUACAGAGUGGUGUUUUAGUCAAGCGUGUGGUCUCUGUAUUGCUAUCCUGCGGUUGUUACUAAAGUUGGUAUAACUAGAGAAGCAAGUGGUCAGCAACGUUCAUCUCUUGAAGGGGUGUCUAACUAGGUGUUGCAGUGUGCUUGACCCUAAAUUAAUUUUACGCUGGAAUAUCCCUUUAGCAAGGGACUUAAGAGUCUUGUCGUAAAUAUUGUCAAAUUGGAUGGUCAAGCGCGGCGAAUAUUAGCAGACCUGGUACCCGCACAGAACCAAAGGCUGGUUUCUCUCGCCUGUGCUGGUUACACAUCGCUCUGAUCAAGUAUAUACCACUUCAAUCAGACUUUGUCUUUGUUCUAGAUCAAAAUACUGCCAAACCAUGCUGCAUGAUGAGAUCCCACUCGUCAUCUGUGCUUGUUUACAUCCAGUCCAUGCUGAUAUAAUUUUGACAGGGCUCCAGUCAUUGAAACACUACAUGUUUCUAGCCUUCAUCUCAUGCUCCUCUGACUUUUUCUCCCCCAACAGUGGGACUCUGCUGUAGCUGUCUCGAGAGCGUACACUCUGUACAGACCACCAGCUCUGCGCUCAGGUUACUGAAUACACUGUGUGUCAGUUUGAGGGUUUGGAUGCUCUUUGCGCACAGGGUGAAACUACCUCGACGGCAGUGGCCUGUGUGAGCUACAUUAACCCCGCCACACUCCGCCGUGUUCGUACGACAGGCCGGAUGUCUCCUCUGACUGUUCUAAUUUCCAGUGGCAAGUUGAAAGGUCAUGUUAAGUGCCCUGGGCUUCGACUGUGGGCAAGAGCUACCUCCCCCCUGACUGUUCACCCCCUCCCCCACUGAGCAUAGCCCGCGUCAUAGCAGAAGUAGUGGCAUUCACGUAGCAGCUCUGAGUUGUGUUUUCAUUUUGAACGGGAAUGAUUGGAUCUGUCCAUGCAGCAAAAUGAGCUCCCUUAUUUAUUUGUGCCACAUAUAGUAUCGGUGCAUUUAUGGUUUGGGGAAUAAAGCUGCAGCGAAUAGUGUUUUCAGCUGAUGAAUUUAGACAAUGACAGCAGUGGAAACACAGAAAGUCUGCUGUGUUGGUCGCUGAUGGAUGGAAAUAGCUUACUGCAGGGGCUGGGUGAUGCUGAAUAGGGUGGUGGACAUGAGCAACACUGCAUUGUGUGAGUGAGAAACAAGACUAAAUGACUUGGGUUGAGGAAUGGAAUAUACUGUAUAUUGCGGUAGUGAAAAUCAAAAUUCAUUCCUUAUUAUCAUACUUGGGCUGCCUUUGCAGAGAGAAUAGAUGUUCUGACACCUUUUCGAGUAUGAGGCUUAGGCGAAUAUUGGAUUGUCCAAUGUUAGAUUUUCUACCUCUGCAGCAAAUACCAAUGUAAAUGAACCUGCCUCGCCAUGUUUCACCCUCCAGUUUUGUAUAAAGGGAUUCUGAUCAUUUACACCAGCUUGGCAGCUUUCGCUUAAAUCAAUGCAUCAAAAACAAAAACAAAAAUCCCAUUAAAUGAUAAAGAGCAACCUGAUUCUCAUCUGUCUUUCUUUAACUGUGAUCUUAAGCACUCACAUGCAUGCAACAAUGUCUUCUUCACAGCUGAUGGGCUGUCAAACUAAACGUACCAACAGAAGUCAAUUUGUCCCAAUCUGACUGCACAUUAGGGUUGGGCAUCAUUUGAAUCGGAACGAUUGUGAUUCCUUAUUUCUAUUCUGGUUUCUCACAAUUCUCUUGCCGUGUUUGAGUUACCCCAGAAGUCAGAAGUCUGAGCUGAAAAUGAUGUCACACCUGAGUUCCCAGCAUUUCAACUACCUUGUCUGAACAUAAGGCAAGCGCUAAAAUAACUUCAAAGCUUCAGAUUUUGUUUUGUUUUCUGACUUGGUAACUAAAAUACUGGUAACUCGGGUGUGAUGUCAUUUUCAGCUCCAACAUCUGACUUCCGAGGUAACUCGAUCGUAGCAUCUAUUCCGAUUCUUUUAAAAGGCAGGAUAAAAAAAUUGACGGUUUAAAUGAGAGCGCUAACCAGAGUUCUUUUUGGAGGAAAUUUCUAAACUUAUCAAUGACGUCAUUCCCAUCUCUCACUUUCGAGGUAACUCGAACGCAGCGCUGGAAUUGCAAUAAAAAAUUAGAAUUUUUCCAAAAUGUUAAUCCAGGUUCCCAUCCAUGCACGAGACCCGAUUCCCUACCCUACUGCGCAUGUGAAGAGAUCACAUUGUACAGGGUGGGUAAGGAUAAAAGAAAAAAAAACCUGGGUUGUCCAGGUUGGCAGAAAGCAAUAAAAGACUGCACAUGUCACUGAUUGAAAGUGAUGAUCUAAAAUGGAAUAAAUAAGAAAAUGUAAAAACUAUUGCAAAUAUACUUUGGUUGUCAGAAUUAUACCUUGGUGGCACAGGUAGGCAGAGAGUUAAAAAGAUUGCCCAGGUCAUCAUCGAUGGGAGAUGAUCUUGCAUUUUUCUCGUGAAUAUCUUCAUUGUAGUUCAUGUAUUUAAUACAAGGAUCCACUUACUCAGUUCUUCAAAUCUGUGAAUAUUAAAGUAUCACAUUGCCCUUUAUCUGAUACUAUGCAGUUGCUUUUAAGUUUGGUUAGAAGCAAAAGAACCACCCGAGGCAAGAGACGUGACUGUGACAGAUCACACCUUGUGCUGACUAAGUGACAGAUCCUUAAACUUGUGUACCAUUUGAUCAUUCUGGAUACAAGUCUCUUUUAUCCAAAGUUACCAAACAGGCAGCAAAAGACUCCAACUGAUUCACAGAAACCUCUCUCGCUAAAAGAAUCUGCAGUGAACUUCAGUGACGGUUCAUCAACCCGAACCAUCAAUAGAACGGCAGAAAAACAAGCUGCAGCCGAUUGUAUUGUGGAAUAAAUUAGGCUGUGUGGAUGCUGUGUAUUGAAUUCCCAUCAGGGUCUGCAGCUGACGUCAGAGGACUUCAGGCAGUGGAUCUCUGUCAUGCAGCACAUGCCCUCCAUAGUGGCUGCUCUCCUCCUAAACCCCAACCCUCUUUCAGAGACACACACUCAAUGUUCGAUCAAGGACGCCGAUGGAAAAAGUUUUGUAGAUUUUUUUUUUAUCAAGUUUGGUGUCAAGGCGAGAUUUUUGAGGACGUUUUUGUGAAAACAGGUGUUCAAUUAAGUUUGAGCCAGCUGGUAUCAAAGAUGUUUUAAGCUGACUUAAGCGGUUUUCCUGGAAGUUGUGACAGACAUCCAGACGGCGCAUUGCCAUACACUCGUCGGUUUAAUUAAUGUUCAGAUCAGUGGUUUGCUCCAAAAAAAAAAAGCAAGGCCACUCUCUAAUGAAAUGCUCCAGUGUUUCUGAACUCUACAGGUUAUAGACCGGGCUUAAUCUCUGUCCUCGAAACUUAGCAGUAGAAGACAGUGCUAGAUGAAAGCAAUGCACCAUGUUAGCCUCCCAAUUCCAUCUCCUCGUGCCAAAUGGCCCCAAAGACAAUGCAAUAAAAGUGAAGGAUUUGCUUCAGCCAAAAGUCAUGUCCUUGACAGAUCAGGGAUGUCCAAUCUUCCUCUGUCCACUGUUCUCAGUAAAUAACUUUCUCCCGGCUUCCUCGAUGGCUGAAAAUAAGACUGUCACUGAGCCACAGAAUAUAGUGUGUCGCAAGCUAUGUUUGAUUCAUUGAGGGUCGCACAGAGCCUGGCAGAGCGGGAACUGAGUGACACUAUCAUUGCAAACUGGAGUAAACAAGUUAAAAAUAGCGUUUUUUUUCUUCUAGAGCUGAAAGGGUUUCAAGAAGAAAUCCUGCUCAUACUCUGUAUGGAGAACAGGACUUAUCACACACACUGCAACAACAUGAGGAAUGUAAAACACAUUACAACAUUUUUCUCUUAAUGAGUAGUCAUCCAUUAUGUUUUAUUCAGUAUUUGCAUGAUCUGAAUAAAGAUGUAGUAAGUGCAGCUUAAAGGGAUAUGCCGGCGUAGAAUUAAUUUAGGGUGAAACUCACCGUAACACCGAGUUAGACACCACCCCUCGAGAUGAAUGUUGCAGACCGCUUGCUUCUCUAGUUAUACCAACUUUGGUAACGACCGCACGAUAGCAAUACACAACGGUCCCAGGGGCCAUAAACAAACCUCAACCGAAACACCACUCUAUAGCCACAAAUAAUGCUCAGAACAGCGCCUAACUUCAUCAACAGUACAUAUAGGGUCCCAGCCAUUGUACUAGCCAUCAAACAUCUUUUUAGCUUUGCCUGAUUUCUUUGGCAAAGAGACUAAACACAACUCACCUCCUCUCUUCCAGCAGCCGCUUGUUUGUAGCGAGACCUCAGACAAGUCCAUCACCGACUACAGCGGGCUGACGCAGCUCAUAAUGAUCAUAAAUGUUCUUCCUUGAGCUGCGCCCCCCCACCUUAGUUGAUGAUGGUGGGGGUUGAGGUUGAGGUCUCGCUACAAACGAGCGGCUGCUGGAAGAGAGUAGGUGAGUCGUGUUUAGUCUAUCUGCUAAAGAAAUUAGGCAAAGCUAAAAAGAUGUUCGGUGGCUAGAUGAAGUUAGCUGUUGUUCUGAGCAUUAUUUGUGGCAUUUCGGUUGAGGUUUGUUUAUAGCUCCUCAGACCGCUGUGUAUUGCUAUCAUGCGACCAUUACUAAAGUUGCUACAACUAGAGAAGCAAGCGGUCGGAAACAUUCAUCUCUCGAGGGGGUGUCUAACUUGGUGUUACGGUGUGUUUGACCCUAAAUUAAUUUUACACCGGAAUAUCCCUUUAAACAUGGUGUAGAUCUCUGUUAGACGUGGGAUUUUCAAAUCCUAAACUUUUUCUUUACACUAAAGAUUUAUGAACCUGUCAGGAAGACUUCCCCCUAAAUGUUUGUGAAAUGUUCAUUGAUAAAACAUGACUUGCAGACAUUGUAUUUAGCACCCUAUCUUUGAAGAAGACAAAAAGCAAGUCAAGCAAAGGCUCCAUAUCUCAUAUAAAAGUAUCUUCCUAGUCCGACACUAUAUUUUCUCUGAGACAGAUGCAGAGUUUUGACAUGUUUGAGAGGCUCUCGCACUCGGCGGGUAUUUCAUGCCUGUUUCACCGAAUGAAUUUUGAUGGGCCGCUGAGGUCCGGGCGUCUUUAACAGUCCCGACAAGCCUUUGUUCUUUCCCUGUUUUUCAUGUCUGAUCCCCAACAGCCCACAGGGGAAGCUCUGUCGGGCUGCGCGCUCCGAAAGCCUUUCUGUUUGAUCAACUUCUAACAUAUUUGAACAAUUUAGGCAGGGAUGAGUGCAGGUAAUUCAAAGCCUGCCAAAGAAAGUGUUUUGGGGAGAUGUGGAGACGUGACGGGCUCACAAGGAGUGGCGAAGAAACUCUGCUUUUCUCAUUUCUGCGUCGGCGCAUACUCCAAAACUACCCAUCAACACAAACAAGAAGCUGUAAUGCAGCUGACAUCUUCUAUCUACAAAAUAAUCUCUGAAAUAAUCCCCUCCUCCUCCUCUCCAAAAACCACAUUUUCUAUCUUUUCCCUUCUUUCUUUUCUCUGUACAAUAACUUACACCACCCAGUUGUGUAGCUGAUGAGGUCACCUACUGGAUACGACAGCUUUUGAACACCUUUACUCGAGGAAACGGUAAAAAGGGGAAAGUUGUCAUUUCAUCCGGUCCUAACAGAAGCAAGAGAAUCAAUGUGACAUGGGGCAUCAGGAAACAAAGCGAAACACAGUGCUUGAGGUGAGGAAAUCUUCGCUAUUGUUCGAGGUGGGAAAACACAGCUGAGAAAAGCCCUGUUCAAUAUCAGCAUGAAAGGACGCUGAUGGUGGGAGCCAUUUAAUACAGUUCCUGCCGCAGAGUGCAGAUGAGAGGUCAGGGCCAUUGUGGAUAGAUCAUGAGAGCCCUCUGCUGACAGUAAAAUCAAAAGAAACCAAUCAUCACCAUCAAAACAAAGUCUACUGCUCCUUUUUCCUUCAGAUUGAGGAGAGAAAUAGAUACGUUUUACAAAGUCGAGUCAUUAGAAAUGAGCAUCUUUUGGAGGAGAAUUAAAAAAUCCUCAUCAUUUAGCUUUAAAAUCUUAUUUGAGACACCCACUUGCUGCCGUGAAAUAAAUGGAGAAAUGAUUUAGAGGUCGAGAGGGAAAACGUGGAAGAAAAAACAGAGUGAAUAUGUUCAAGCUGUUUACAGCCUCGAGGUCUGGUCAGUGAUUUAUUCUCACUUUGAGUUGUUACCUGUUGAAGCUGAGCAACAUUACAGCUAUUCAUUAUACCUACAACAAGCCUGCUGGAGGAACAAAUGAUGCUAACAGUCAGCAAAAUAUUUCCUAAAGCCUGGCUCAGGACUCCUGAACAAGUUAUUACUCAAAAUUUUGACACAUUUUGCUCAUCUUUUUUUCUUGGGAGUAUUGCAAAAAAAGACAAUGAAUAAAAUUUGAAUAAAUUUCUCUUAAAAAAAAACAAAACAAAACUAGACCCCUGCCACAUUGAUAGAUUUUCUUGCUCUUAAUUUGACAAAAAGCUGACUAAGAACGCUCAAUUUAACCACGAAGUUACUUAUUCAUUUUGUUUUUCCACAAAGUUGCUAAUUUCAAGUGAUUUUAGCUGGAGGAAAAAAUGCAAAAGAGUCAUACAUUUUAAUUAUUUCAUCUCUUGAGGAAAUCAAAGUUUGACACAGAGACAAAUAUUGGAUUUUUGUAUUAUUUGAAGUUUUUCUAAUUCUGUCUAACUGGGCAACAUUUACAUUUUUCUAACAGCGGGGCUCAAGUGUCCCAGCAUUUACUAGAGUGUAACUUUAUUCCUUGAAAAAUGAUGGCAGCCUGUUUUGUUCACACGAUAGUUAAUUAAAAUACAUCAAGAUGAAAGAGUCAUCUACGAUUGAGCAGACAGAAAAGUUCAGUUUUCUUUUUUUCAUUUAAUUUUUGCUUUCUUAGGGCAGAAAAGUGGCAUUGCUCCCUCAUCCUUGAGCAUUUUUACAUUCUGCACACAACUCUAUUCCCCCCUUUUUCGAGGCAUGGUCAGGUGAAAAGGUGAUAUUUAGAGAGCGCAUGAGUGAGAUAGUAAGAGAGGCAUGUAAGAGCUGAAAACCUGCAUUCUUCCAAUUACACACAGAGAUGUACAGCAGCACUCACACUCAAAGGAAAAGUGUUUUUUUCUGAUACAGAGAGGUUCAGAGUCCAUUGGGAUACAGAGCUUGGAGAUGCUGAUAUUUUCCCUUGUCUCUGUACACCACAGUAUGUUUUGCUGCUGAUCUCACAGUGCCAAGAAAAAAGGACCCUGAUCCCACAAUCCAGCUUCACCUUAACACUGCGUGGGCCAAAUAUUCCAAACUGAGUGUCACCAAGCUCUCCAUCAUGCGCACUCUGUAGUAUAUGUCAUGAGCCAGGGUGAAACAAAAGGGAAAAGGACCCAAAUGCAGAUAGCUAAAUGAAAAGCAACAAAAAUUUACUUCAGUUGUCCAACGGGAAAAUAAUAAAGGCAACAAAACAAAACAGAACAAACAAACAAAAAAACAUAAGGAGCAAAAUCCAACAAAAAUCACUGGGAAUGCAUCGUCAACAAGGACAAACACACACAAUGAACCAACAAAGAAACAGGAGGAGACAAGGACUUUAUAUACACAGGGAAACGAGCAACGAGAGGCAGGUGAGACACUGAGACGCAGGUGCACACAAUUACAGAGGAGGGAAAACUGAGGAAGUAAGACAAGACUAUACACAACUACAAAAUAAAACAGGAAACAGUGAAAACUGAUCUAAAGAAUAAAACACUGAGAACCAAAGGGAAGCCGGGUCAAACACAAACUGAAAACUCACAAGACAGGAUCACAGGAACAAAAAGGAACAGACACACUAGGGAAAAUACACAGAAAUUUAACAGAGCAUAUCAUCCAAUGUGCGUGCACACAUUUGCUCCAAUAGCAAAAAUAUGUAAAGGCAUAUUAACAGCCUUCCUUUCUGCAAUGUUAACGACACAGAGGUCAGUUUAAAUGAGACUCUGCCCUAGACUGUGUUGAGUUUUUAAAGUUAACAAUGCAUUUCCACUUGCAUCAAUUUGCCCAAAUUGGAAAGUCUUUUUGUCCUUUCUGCUGGUCAUAGGGAUUGAUUAAUCAGUGGUCCAUGCAAUGACAUAACUCAUACGGUCACCUAUGUUGGACUUAAUCCAGCCUCUCUAUGCUCUGUGCCUCAUCUAACACCCUGCUUCACUUUGCACCAUAUUCUGAGACGAUGCACUUUAGAUCGUUCAAAUAAGGUCCUAUGAAUUCCCAGUUUUGCCGUCUACAUAUUUUCUUUUUGGUUUCUGUCAUCAAACCUUCUGCAGAUAUUUCCAUCAGAGAUUUGAAAAAUACAAUCAUAUUACUGGGAACACUGACCGUUCAGGUGAACAUUCAUGAUGAGACCUGAAAGGCCCAGGUCAGGCUCAGUCAACCAAGUGUAAGUUAAAGCAAAAAAGUCAGUGACCAACUGGCUGGCACACUUUGCCAUGUGUUUUGUAUUUCUUAAGUUUAUUUGGAGGGUUUUAUGCCUGUGUUUGAAGGGUAGUGUGUAUACAGAAGGAAACUAGUGUGAGAGAGAGAGAGAGUGGGGAGUGAUGUCAGUUAAAGAGCCGCAAGUAGGAAUCAAACCAAGGCUGCUUGCUUCAAGGGCAACAGCCUCCAAGCAAAUUCGCACAAUUUCUCCCUUGAGCUUCACUGGCACCCCAAGCAGAUGUCCUUUAAACUGCUGAAUAAUUUAUCUGAUUUUCCCACAGCCUUACAGCCAUUUAACUGAACGUUUGAGAGAUUGGGAUAACAAGAAAGUUAAACUGACUUUGUUUCCUGCAUUUAAAAGAAUCAACAUCUCUCACAACACUUAUGAAUUUUCUUUCAUUUAAUUCAAGAAGAGUGUGUUUUAGACAGGUAAAGUAACAGUGUGAGUCACUUGUUGUAUUCUUGCUUUGGGAAAAUGGCAAAGUGGUGAAUGUCACUAUCUCUUCUCAUGAAGAGAUAAACUCAACUCUGGUAUUCAUCCAGAGUCAAUAUUUAGGAAAUUUACCCCAACUCUUUCUGGCUAUCAUCUAGAUCCAGACAGCUUGGAGUCUUCGAUGAUUAACACUGCAGAGAGGAUCAAAUCCCAAACCAAACUCGCAGAGAUGCACCACUAUUGUACAAUGCACCGAAAAUCUCCCGCCUCUCCAUGGGUCGUCCACCUGAGAGUCAAUGAAAUUCAACCAAAUACUUCAAAUGGGAGAUGUAGCCUGAACAGAGGAUUGUGGUGUACUUAUUAAUCUAUAUGUGCUGGGUCACUGAGUGGUGUCCUUGGAACAAAACUGGCUGAAAAUGACCACUUAUGAUUACCUCUUAGACAAUCCUACAGGUUAACGAUUAAAAGGCCCAAACUGGCUUGGUUGCAGUCAUCCCUGAAAUUGGACGGAUAUCAAGGCAACGCUGCGACUCAAAGAGCUGUAAAGACAGACUAUUUUUAUUUUUCCUCAAUCAAUAAGUCUUUUUUUAGCCAUGGCUUGUGUGGGGUCAGGUUCUGUUUGACGUUUAAUUUAUAGAUGUUGAGAGGGAACUAUUCCUCUCCGUGGCUGCCGUGUGAUCUGAGGUGAGCCUCUGCCUGGAGGGAAAUGUACCACUGUUUGCUUUUGUGAAGCUUUUGUAAUCUGCAGUUGAGCUUUUGUUCCACUGCCACACAGGCUACGAGCACCAACUGGGCUGAGGUGCUUGAGCAAAACAAAGAAGCCAUACUGUAUCUUUGUUAUUCUCCACCGGGGACCAUAUAGACCUUUAAUACCUAUUUCAAGACGACACAAAGAAACACGGAUAGAAGCAGCUCUGAUUCACUGUAGGUGGGCUUAGGAAGUAAUGCAAGUGGUGUAAACAUAUGUGAUAUACAUAUUCGCCAGUAUCUGUGACACUAAUACUGUAAACACAUCCUCUCAAACAUGUAGUGAAGAGCUGUCAAAACUGUCCACCGCACUUUGUUUCCCUGAAGUAAGCAAACACAACCCCCCACACUUCUCAAAGUUAUUGUCUUACGUUGAUGUCAAAACUUAUAAUCCCAUACAUGUCCUUCUGACAGCAUGUAGCAUUAGCAUGCCGCGCAAGCUAACGCUGCCCCCGCAAUCCUGCCCCUCAAGUUACAAGAAGAGAUUUAAAAGUCAGAAUGUAAGAGGAGGAGAAACAGGGACUUUAAUGCAUCCUUUCUGGACUCAAACUUUUUAUGUAAUGUGCGAGGGUUUAGAGAGGGUAUGGUCACAUUUGAGAUUAUCAUUUGAAAUGAUCAAAAUAGGGCCAAAAAAUAUGGCGGAAAAAGCAGAUGAUGUUUGAAGAGUAGAAACGUUUAUGAUAUUCAAGUUGACCUUAAGGCAAGAGUUUGUUUCUAAGCAAUUACUGUAAAAUCCAAAAUAUAAAUUAGACUAGUUUAUUAGAUGCACCAAACAAAGCUCAAAGACUGUGACUGGCUUCAACUAGGUCUCCAAAGUAGACACCGGUGUGGUAUUAAAGCUCAGAGUAGAGUUUCUGCAACUGUAAGGUACGAAUGGACUGUGCUGAUACUUCUGCAAGCAUUAGCUGAGGGAUGGACCCCAUUGGACCUAUUCUGGAGGACUCAUGGGACCCACUCUUAACAACAAUCUUUUUUUUUUCUUCUCAGCAUGCCACAAGAUUUAUUUGCCAAACAACACAAACAUGCAAGAAAACAAGCCAUCAAGGAAAAAAAGCUGCUAUUAAGUGGUGCUGCUCGUUGGUAACAUGCCUUUGCAGCAAAGCGGUCGCUAGAUGGUUAUAAGUUACCUGAAGAGCUUUAUAAAUGACUAUAAACCAGUACAAAGUUUGACCCCCAAUUUCCAUCCGGAACGGCUACGAAAAGGCCGUAUCCGACGAUUGUAACCAUUCAAGUUAAUGUGUCAAUUUCCACUGGCUUCUUUCUGUUCUGCUGUAGAUUGCCGGACUGGAAAGGAAGUCGGGCACAGACACAAAAUAAAACAUCCGGCUUCCUUUCAAAAUUAAAUACUCUGUGUUUCAGGUGUGGCUCGUGUUUCACACCAUGCAAACGGUCGGGGACGAACAAGUGAACGGUUUAUAAACAGUGUUUCAUCCCAUUGACACCAUAGAUAAGAGGAUGCUGAUCUUAUAAGUCUAGAAGUAGAUUUCCUCCUCUGGAAGGACACAAUGUACUGCUUUUAUGGUUAGCCUAUGUGGCUAAAGACAACUUGUUUUCUCGCGAUUCAGGGUGAAUCCAGGGGUUCUUGUGAGUUCUCGUGAUUCCUGCUGUCUGUAAUCAGCCACGAAAUUCGCCUCACAAACGGAUACGGUUGGAAUUAGCGGACAGCGAAAAUUCUGGAUCGGAGCCGUUCUGAAUGCGGUGAAAAUUGGGGGGUCAACGUCUUGAUAAAUUUAAAUAAAAGGGUAGUUUAUGCCGUGUAAAACUUAGUUUAAGGCAUAUUUUAUUGCACUGAGGUGUGACUUUACCUUUUUUGAAAUUAACCUAAGUUAUAAAAGUGGUUUAAUUGGCUGAAUUGUGUUACAUCCACCAUGUACUGUACUGUAGAUGCUGUUGUGUUUUGGUGGCAGAGGGCUGAGCUCCCUGUGCACCCACAGCUCUGCGUCGCUCGUAUAUUUCUUGCUGCUGACCUUGAAGCUCCAUUCUACUCUAUUAAGUGAGGAUUGGUGGCCGGCUUUAAUUGACAUAGAUCUUUCGGCCACGUGGGUGUCACACUGCAGAGCGCCUUUCUCUGCCAAUAGAAAUCCAACUGAGCGAAACAUCUGGCGGGUGAGUCAUCUUUAGCACUUACAGCACUGAAAUACAGCACAGUGUCAUGAAUUAAGUUUAUGUUGAGCCAGGAUUUCCUUUUUUUACUUUUUAAAUAUUUCUGCUAAAUGUGAGCAUAUGCAAAUGUGCACCAUAGCAUUACCAUCAAAAUGCAAUGGGUGAAAUAAAUAAAACUCCCUGUGGAUAAGACCUGAGAAAUAACUCUCUGUGCGCGACAUUUUCGUAAAAAUACAUCUAGAUUAGCUCCUUUAGCUCCUCAUAAUUUAAAGGUUGUUUGAAAAGAAACAAAGCCACCUACAAGAGCUCAAACUUUUAGAGAUAUUUUCCUGUAGAAACUCCUGUCCCUCUGCAUGUGGCUCAUCCAGCCCAUGCUCUCAAUCUGCUGUUAAUCCUGCACCUACAUUUUGCUUUUGUACGUGUCGUCGUGUGUGAGAGGCUGUUGUGGGAUUACAGGUAAAAUGCACUCUUUAUCUCUCAAGCAGCAGCAGCAGCUGUAGUCGUGCUCCCUCUCAGCCUCGCUGUGUGGUUCCCGGUUUUGGGGGAAGUGGGUGGUAAACCUCUGUGGAGAUAUGUUGGCGUGUAUGGAGGUGGUAGACGUGGGUUAUCCUGGACUGAAAUCACGGUUUAAUCCAAAGGAUGAGCAAUGUUUCCGCUCCGCUGUGUGGUGCACAAUAUGGAGUAAUCUGCCGAGUCUGAGGUUUAUUGGUUCACCAAGUUUCCAGCAUGGCGCCUUUUUAUUCAAGUCGACACAAUGGUCAUCCGUUGGGGGGUAACACAUCACAUCGUAGAGUCCCCGUGGCCCAACAGGAGGCUCCCAAAUCAGAUUAGGCUCUUGUUCAGCUUUGUCAUAAUUUAAGUAAGAUCCCAAUUUGAUGUUUUUUGAGCGAAUGCCAAGAUCAUUCCGACGGAUUAUGAGAUUAGAGCCAAUAAAAACUCUGUGGGUGCCAUGGACGUUUUACAAAGGAAGAAAAGAAGAAGAAAAUGAAUAUACAGGUGUCAACACUGCUCGGAGGUUUGAGAUGACAAAGAAAUGAAAUAGUCAACUUUGGGUUCAAGUAACCAAAAUUGGGAAUCUUAAACCAAGGUUUUCUGAAUCAAACUUGUUGGAGGACUGGCCAACUAUAAAAUACUUCCACCCCUUAGAUGUCAUUUAUCUUUGGGUGACCAUAUUCUGACUUCUCUUGAAGACUUAAAAACAGGCAACUGGACUGUGCAGAGUUGCCUGUAGUUGCCUGUUUUUAAGUCUUCAAGAUAACCAUGACCUGGAUGAAUGAGAAUCUAUACAUGGACAUAUUCUGACUUCCUAAAAAGAGGACACGUCUACAUGGGGGCGGAGUCAUGGAGUUGCAUUAAGUUAAUUUUGAGAGUUAUUCAGGUAGGAUCGAGCAUCUUUAAUGCGCUUCUAACUCAGUAAGUCCACAUGACACAAAAUCAAAACUUACGUACAAAACCACGGCCAUUUGAAGGAUUUUACAAACUUCCCCUGACAAAGGCCGACAGCCUGGACACCCCCUCAAAAGAGGACAUGUUUGGGUAAAAGUGGACAUAUUGCCACCUUAAUUUAUCUGGAUGUUAACUUGUUCUUUGAAAGAAACCAACUUUUGAAACAGUCUCUUAAAUUGAACAUUUUGCACAACUUUAACGAAGGACAGAGCAGAACUAAAUCAAUGUUUGUAAGGGGCGGGAAUGAUCAGGUGACCCACUACGACGCUACUCUGCUUUUGGUUUGGUUUCACCGAUAUGAAAAGUUUGUAUUUGAGGUACAGAAAUCUGAAACGAUUGUAAAACUAGUGUGAGAAACACACAUUGAAUAUUGAAUGAAGAGGGACAGCCCUACUCUUUACACUUCCUGUAUUUCUCCAGCUGUCCUAUUUAAGAUAGGCAAUAAUGUCGAAACAGUAUCGCUUCAGAAAAGUGACAACAAAAUGUAGAAAAUUUUACUCGUAAAAACUUUCAAAAUGAGCCUUUAGAUCACUUUAAAGUCUACAAACCAGGAUGUGGUUCAUAUUGUACAUUUUCAUUCAUUUCUGCUAUCUGCUGUAGUUUUAUUUACCUUAGUCCACAUUCCUGGGAUAUUUAAUAAGGUCCUUUAAUAAGCUUUCACAGCUUCAUCUCUCUAAUAUAAAAACCCACAGAGUGUUUACAAGCCAGAAUUAAACACACAGAGAAAUGAGCUGACAGAAAUACAAAUCCCCGGCAUAUAUCUGAGAGCGAAAUACAUCAAAAAGAAGCGAAAGAGUGAAGAACUGAAGAGUGAGCGAGGCAGACGUGAUGAAGAAAAGGAAGGAGGGUGGAUGACUUAAUCAAAAGGUGGAUAGAACUGCCCACACUGUGAGCAAAAGCUUUCUCAUCCAGCAUACUUUAAUGAACAAGUGACUCAAGGUGCUUUCAGCUGCGUCUCGAGAGCAGCGCACACACACACUCACUCACACAGAGAUAAAUGUUGCCUUUUCAAUUAGAGAGACACCUCUAAACUGGUGUCUUCAGAGAGCAGGAGGAGAGAGCGGUAUGGAGACACUAACAGAGCAAGGAUAGAGGGACAGAGAUCUCGGGGCUGUCAGCCGCUGUCUGACUGCACGGGUCCAGAAUCCAGACAUGCAAGAACUAAAGAAAACCAACACGGUUAUUUAAAGAAAUGAAAGGGCAAGGAAAUAGAAAGACAUAAAAGCACAGCAGUAUCGAGGCGUCCUCUGCAGCCGAGGCGGGUUCACAUGUGAUUCAUAUGUAGGUUUCUGCCUUGAAAGAAAUGGAGAUUAAUGAUCAGGAUGAAAAGUAAGGCAGCUGUGUGAAUACAGCACACCCGGAAUCAGCAUCAUUUUAAAUGAUCAAACCGGCUGACUCUAAAUUUUCACACCGUGAGGCCCUUUCAGCAUAUUCUCUAAAUGUGAUGCAUCUAUCAGAGUUUAGUCUACCAGCCGUCUUUUCGUUUUUGACAUUUUGGUUUAUUCAGCAACCUUUACUUGUGAGGGCUGUUGCACCUUGAGCCUUGAGUACUAUCAGUCUUCUAAAAUAAAAGAUAGUUUCUCCAAGUAUUUGUCAGGUUGUCGAUGCAGGAGAAAAUACAAAUCCUUAGUUAUUUGUCAGCUGAUUGAAAUUCACCAUUAACUCUAAUUUAGCUCCUUUGAACGCAUCUUUUUGAAACUACAGUGUUUCAUCACAGAAGAAUUAAACACUGUGAAAUGGUUUCUAGAGUAGAUCAGAACAUAAGAAGAAAUAACACCUGAACCUCAACCUCCCUGCUACCUAAUGAAGCUGAAGGGCACGGUCAAUUGUGCCUGACUGCAGGUCGAAUGACCACCUAUGUUAGAAAAACGCCAAUUUGCUGGCCACUGUGCUGAACCCUGUAUAUCAGCCCGUGGCGAGUAUUGGCCAGGGCUCAUUUGUUCACAUGUGAUACUGUCCAAUGUAGGGAUGAGAAUCUAUAAGGUUUUAUUGAUACUGUUGCAGUUAUUGAUUCUGUUUAGUGAUCCACUUCUUUUUUUAGACAGGAAUCAAGAAGGGACUCGAUAAAGGAGGUCCAUAUGGGUUUUCAAUCAACAACUCGUAUUUUAUUACUGGAUUAGACCAGACGUAUCUAGAAACAGCCUUCAGUUUAAUGAUGAACCAAAACAAAGAUGGCAUCCUAUAUCUAGCAUAGAUUACCUUGUUACAUGAGAAAAGCCCCUGGAUCUAGCAGGCGUACAGCACAUUACAAAACUUAUUAGGGUUAGGGUUGCACUUAUAUUUAAGUGCAGUAGUCUAGUGCAGUAGAAACUAAAUUUCUUAUACUCGGACUAAUGCUGCGUUCAAGUUUCCUUGGAAGUCAGAUGUCAGAGCUGAAAAUGACUUCCUGGCGUUUUAGUUACCAAGUCGGAAAAAAGCUACAUCAGUGGCCUGAAACAAGCUGGCUACAUCUACGAAAGGUAUUUUAGCGCUUGCCUUAUAUCCGGACAAGGAAAGCGCUAAAAUACCUUUCUUGGAUGUUGCCAUCUUGUUUCCGCCUCUGAUUUUGCUUUUUAUCGACUUGGUAACUGAAACGCUGGUAACUCGGGUGUGAUGUCAUUUUCAGCUCAGACUUCUGACUUCUGAGGUUACUCGAACACAGCAUAACAGACAUAGAUAAUGCAUCUUACGAUCUCGGCAAGAAGAAAGGAUGUUUAAAAAAGAGACGAAGUUAUUGUGGUGUACACACAAAAGGUACAGAGCAGGAAGAGUGACUGUUUUAAACAUUCAAAGUCUAUCCAGUUAGCCUCUCGCUCAUGCAUCUGUCGGUUGUUUGGGUACGUGAUGAUGAGGGAGGUUAACUGGUAGAGGGCUUAGUUGCUGUAAGUAGGCAUGCUGCCCUGUCCUUGUAGACUUAGAUCAGGGCAGUAGUUCAAGAAAUUUGCCAAAACUGUGGUUUCCUUUGCUUUAGCAGCAAGCCUCUAGUGGACACUCCAGGAACUUCAGUGCUUUGACCUUGUCAUUUAAAUGCUGCAGGUUAAUACUUGGGUUGAACCGGUAAUCAUGGACCAAAAUGGUUGUCAUAUGAAACAGUGAUUUCGACAGGACAGACCGAGACCGAUGAAGUUCUGUGAUGUUCAGAUGUGUGUUUUCUACCUCAGAGAGCAAAACAACUACAACAAAAUACAGUAAGAGUUUAGCACAGGUUUUCAAAAUAAAGUACAAACUGUUGCAUGUUUAUCCAGCUCCUGGUGACCUCGAACAAGAUAAGCCACAUGCAAGGAUAUUAUUUGCUUUUAGACUUUUCUACCAUCAUUCACAAUGUCCUAAUUUAAACAUUCUCCGACGUCUGUUUGAGAUGUUUACCCCUUGAGCCAGCGCUGAAAUUGUUUCAUGUAUUUACUUAUUUUUUUGGUAUUUUGCCAACAUGUCUGAACUGAAAAGGAGUCUUUAUUGUUAAUGGUGAAAUCCUCUUGUGUGGCCCCCUCUGGCUCUCUUUGCGCAGCUUUAUUCUCCAUUUGAAAACACGGCUCAGACAUUACAAAGCCUGAUAAACUUAAUAGUGGGAGGUAGAGGGGGGUACAUUUACAAAGAUAGUCGAAUAGAUUUUAUGUGCUGGUCGGGCUGUUUUUUAUCUUCAAAAAUGAGGGUAAUUGAUAACUACUGGAGUUGGUAGUACUAUUGAUGUUAUGGGGCACAUAAUGUCCUUAUGAGAGAGCUAAUAAUACAGAAAAAAGGAGGCACAGAGAUGAGUGGGAGGAUAAGCGACUGAGUGGGUGUUUGGAGGCGUAGAUAUAAUGUGAUCAGCGUAAUGGAGGCAUCCGUGCAUAAAGUGAAGUCUUCAAUUUCGGCUGUUUCAGCCUCGCUGCCCUCACGGAGCACAUUGUUUGUCAUCCUUAUUAUUGUGUUUUUACCAUUAAACAAGGCCGCCAUUCUGCGCCGCUGUUCAAACUGAGCGCUGUUUUCAAGACUUGGCCUCAAAUGCGACACACACGUAGAGAAAAGCCGACCCACAAACACGCAGACUGCCACACAUACUGUUUUUGUUCCGGAGCCCGGCCCCCCUGGGGGCUCCUCCAGGGCUGUUCUAAGAGAUAGCGGGGACCCUCCUACACACUCUCUCUCCCCCACUGUCUGACCUUUACAAAACACAAGUCAGAAAAUGUGUGGCCUUUUCCUCUAGUCAUCUGCACCUAAACACAUGAGAAAUAGUGCCGUUCUUUAAUUAAGGAGCCCGACAGCCUCAUGAGGAAUGAUUCACUUCCCCUCAAUGGCCGUCAAUCAUGCGCCGAGCUAUUAUUGCAUGUAACAGCAUUUUCUCACUUUCUUUUAUAUGAUUCGGCUUUUAUCUUUGCCCUUCCCACAACUGUUAAGGGUAAGGUGACUUUACGCGCAACAUGCUUACUCGUGCUUCCUACCUACUCGUCUACCGUAAUAACCGUUGUUCUAGUCAACACGCAACAUUUUUGUUCUCAUUCAUAAAACGCUUAAAUCGGGGACAUUUCCAGGGACAGUUUUAGCCGGGGACAGGUAUUCCAAUAUGGAGACUGUCCUCGGAAAUCAUGGACGUCUGGUCACCUAACGGACAAUUUCCACCACAUCCGGAACUGCUACGAAAAGGCCGUAUCCGCCAAUCAUAGCUGAUCGUAACCAUUCAAGUUAAUGUGUCAAUUUCCACUGGCGUCGUCGGAAACGGGUGGGGACGAACAAGUGAAAGUUUUAUAGACAGCAUUUCAUCCCGAUGACACCAUGGAUGAGGAGAUGCUGAUUCUAGAAGUCUAGAAGUAGAUUUCCUCCUCUGGAAGGACACAAUCUACUGCUUAUAUGGCUAGCCUAUGUGGCUAAAGACAACUUGUUAUCGCAUGACCGCACGUGAAUCCAUGGGUUCUUCUGAGUUCUUGCGAUUCCUGGUGUCCGUAAUCCGCCACGAAAUUCACCUCACAACCAAAUCCGGUAGGAAUUGGGGUACGGCGAAAAUCGGAGCCGUUCCGGAUGUGGUGGAAGUCCCAGGUUAGUUGAGGGCAGAUCUCUAACCAUCCAUUAGAGAAUCUUUGCUGAUAAGGUUUCUUUGGUCUGGAAGUUUCCAAUUUGCUCCAAAUUUCAUACAUCAGCAGUGCCCACCUGUUGGAUGAGUCCACUGACCAAGAAUCCCACCCAGGAGGAAAAUCCCAAACGUCUAUAUGUAAAGAUGUAAGGGUAGAAACUAGCAGUCCCAAGUCUGGGUUAGCUAGUUAGCUGGUUAAUUUGUUAACUUCUAGGUCAACUUGACAGCAUCAGCAUCACAACAAAGAAGUUAUGAGCCAAGCUAAAGCUAACAUAACUCGCCAAGAGAACCAGUGGUCACAAAAACCAUGUUAGCUGGUCAAGACCUUCAUUUGAUGGGCUAUAGUCUCAGUAAUGUUUUUUGGCUCCUGGGCUAAGAGAGUCCUAAAUAAAUCCUUGUAGAAAGCCAGGUGGGGCCUUGAAUCACAAAUACUGAGAUGGGAACGCCACUCAGAAGAGGAUUUUUCUGCCUGCCUUCUCCCAAGGACAUAGAGCUGUAUUCUCUGCCUGUACUGCAAGAAAAACAAACACAAUGAACAGUAGAGGAAAAGUCCACAAGGAUAUAUAUUUUUUUAGUUUUUCUAAAUAUCAGAGUCAAUCCUCCAGGUGAGAAAGUGUGAGAUGUUUAAAUUCUAUCUAUUUCUCAGCUUUUCUUUCUUCAGUGACCAAGUCAGAAACAUCAGUUUUGAACAAGAUAUUUAUCCUUGAGUGGAGAGGGACACAACAAAAGAAACAACAAACUAAAGAUAGCUGAAUUACGGUAAAUAACCCUGACAAACUGAAUGAUGCUUUACAGAAAAACGCACAAAAACUAACUCGACACCAAGAAGAAGAACAGAUCAAGGUUUUCUAUGUAAGAGUUUAAAUCCUUUUGAUUUUGUAAAAUGUUUGUUUGUCUGGUAGCUUGACUAAAAACAUGUAUUUGAACUGCUAUAUUUGGCUGAAAGAUGCUUGAAUGCACACAGAUGCAGAGGGAAGUGCUGGUUCUGAACAUUUCACACAGCAAAGGUCCAUUUAAGCACUUGCAUCAGACCCUCAUAACCUCAGGGCUUCUUUUUCCACAAGAUCAUUGUUCACCUCUUGAAAGGAACCGUAGGUGGUAGACUCGAGGUACUGUUUCCAUCCAAUUUCACAUGAACCUGAAGUCUGACCCUCCAAAAGUCAGAGUGACUGCAAAGAGACAGAGACGCUCGGGGGGGAUUCGCUGGAAAAAGCUUAUUGCACAAGAUGAAACUUCCUCAGUGCAGCAUGCUUCCUCUUUUGGCUGCCACCCCUCGUUUUUACUUUGCUGAUGAAUUAGGUGGCUUGUUCCUGUUUGACCCGCUGAAAGGGGGUUUGUCCUCUCUUACAGCCUAUUUAAGUACAACAAUUGUAGUGCGAUGUAAUUCUGGCUGAGAGCAUAACCCUCACUUGUUUACCUGGCAUUUCAUUAAAACUGAAAGUGUAAUGACUCCAGGGGGGUCUGUGGGGUUAGCUUGAUGUAUUUUAUGCAAAUAUUGACACAAUGAGGUGGGCGACUUAGCUGGAAGUUCGUAGACGUAAAGGUCAUAAACUAAAUAUCUGAGUUUUUGGACACUCAAGGGCAGUGGAAAUGAGCAGGGCCCCUAAAUCCCAAACAGAGUAUUUUUUCAUGUUGUACACGCAAACUGUUAUGUUGUUCACAGCACAAAUAACAGUGUUGCCAGAUGGAAUAUAUAGAACUAUUCAUAAUAACUGACAAGGACAUUAAGAGUACACUGACUUAACUCAGUGAAAUCUAUUUUAGAUACAAAAAUCAAUUUUUCCUUACACGAGGAUUCGGCUCCCGGUAAUCACCAUCCUUUUCAACUGACUAACCGAAUGAGCAUGAUUGACAGACAAUCAUGCUUGUUGUUCGGAGACAAACUUAACUCAAACUACAACUGGAUGGAAACAACACGUGGUAAAAGAUGCCUUUAGGGUUUGCAAAUAAAAAACUGAGACAGUCCUAUUGCUCCACACGUUUACGAAACUGUCAAAUUAUCGUGCAUUAGCCUUUUUUCUGGGUUACUGAUCAUACAGAGGGCAAAAUUAUCGUACAAAUACGAUAAUUAUUGUACACCUGGCAACCCUGACAAAUGAUCUUGUACACACAGAAAACCUUUUCCAAACCAGAUAACUUAAUUAUGCACAACAUGGUUUGGUUGUGUAUGAAAAUCUUGUGCCCACAAGAUUUUCAUCAUUUGGCACAAGAUAUCAGCUUGUACAAAAUAGAUCUUUCUUUUUCGGGUACAUAAUAAUUACUUUUAUGCACAACAUGAUUACAUUGUGCAUAUAUGAUAAACCUGUGCACACAAGAUCAUAUCCUGUGUAUACAACUUGUGCCCACAAUUUAAUUUUGCACUCACAAUCUCAUAAGACAAUUUCAUUUUACUUCCAAGAUAAUCACUUCAGAAAAAAAACAUGAUUUUUUUCUGUCUCAACUAAGAAGUCACUUUGCUAGCUGUGCUUCAAGCUAGUUGCUAACUUUGUAUCAUUUUAUCUUGAGUAUGUAGUUCAGAAUUAAUGUUACCGAAGCUUAUUUUAAAUAGCUGCAUGUUUAGAUAAAAAUAUGCAAGAAGUGGCCCAAGAAUGGGUCCAAUCAAAACUAAACUUUUAGCCUAAACAGACUUUAACAGGCUUAUGAAAGCUCACCUUUAACACUGCUUUGAAGAACUUUGGUUUUGUGUUUAUUUUGGCGGCCCCUGAGACCUCUUUGAAAGUUUAACACCCUUUCGCAAACUUUUUUGAUUGAAAAUGUAAAAAAAAUGAAUAAAUGGGCUCUUUUAGAAGUGUGUAGUUGAUCAAUUUGUCUGACUCCUACCCCCAUUAGCGGUUUUAGACAUCUAAAGUAACUACAUAGGAGUAAUGAAACUUAAUACUGAUUGGUUGUUUUGCUUUUUCAGGUCCUGGAGGCAUCAAUAUAAACGUCAGUCUGUUUUGGAACCGGCUAAAAUCUCCUCACAGUAUCUUUAAGUGUAUUUAAAUCCACUUUAUCAGGACGUCAGAAGCUCCAUUAGGACUAAAAUAAAUCUGAAACAGAAGAGAAGAUACCCUCUGAUGUUGAUGAUGAAGCUACAGAGAUCUGGGAAAGACUUGCCUUUAGGGAAACACUCUUUGAUUUGUUGCCUGGAGGGGUAGAGCGUUAUUAAAAAACAUGUAUUAUUCAUGCAUUACUAAGUGAAAUUAAAAGCUUACAUAUGUCUAAAGAUAAUAUUUGUGUUCGCCACUUACACGCCACAGAGGAGCUGUUGCUUAACUACAUUGCUCUCCGUACGUAUCUGAGGAAAUUUUUCUGAUUGAGAAUUGAAUUUUGAGGUUAAUUGUUCAAAUUAAGGAACUAAAAUCCAUUCCUCACAGAGCUUUAAUGGUGGAAAUCUUUCUCGCUCAGCUUGCGCAGCUAAUAACCCAAGUGAUUUAGUUUUCCUGGGCCUUAUAAUGGAUUCAUUAAACCGUUCUCUCUCCACUGCAGACUUCAUCACCUUCUACCUUUGUAUUAGAAGCAAGGAAAGGAUGUGAUGGUCCAAACAGAUUCUCCCUUAUCUAUCUAGUGGGGAUUACGUCAGUCCUAAUGAGUAAGAGGGGAGAGAUGGCGAGUGUUUUUUGCGCUCAGUGUUUUUCUGCACUCCAGAGUGGUGAAGCACCUUGUUUUUAUACGCCGGAGUCACUGAAGGUCCAUUGAUUUGUGGCCAGUAUUGGCUUUCAUCCUCCAUUCCCUUCACCGGGAACCCACAGCUGGGUCUGGAUCAAUGGGGCAAAUUGAGGGUUUGAUGGGACUAAUUCUCGCCGGCUCAUGAGCCACACUGGCUUCUUCAUGUUUCUGAUGUUCCUGAUAAAGCAGAACCUCCACUCUGGGAGGGUUGAAACCAUUCAGAUGUUCUUGUUUCCGCAGUUACUCAAAGGGAGACUCUGCUUCAUUCCAAAGUUUUGCUUUGUUCCUGACCCUGAUUACACAAAUUUUAACAAGUUAUCUCAUUUGGCUCUCACAUUAAGGAAGAGCAUUUUGUACCAUUUUUUAAUUCUCUCCAGGGGACUGUAUUAAUUUCGUCUCCUUUGUUGUUUUGAGGCUUUUUUUUUUAAAUCGUGUUUGUCUGUAUCAAUUAUAUCCGCGCCCCGUCUUUGCCGUAACUUUUAAUUAAAUAUGAGUAUUGAAAAAAUAACUGCUCUAUAACUCUUUUGAUAAAGGAGGACUCAGCCAUCAAACAAUCAAACUGACUGAAGAGUGUUGGGUUUGAGUUUCUCGAAUGCUUUGUUGCUGUAGAAUAUAAAAGGAAAGAAAAAAGGAGUUUGUGAUGGAAAAAAAGAGAAAGUUUUUCACCCUGAAAUUUACACUCUCACUUUAACCUCAGAGGCUCUUAUGUACAGAUAACUGAUAUCCAACAUUAAAGGGAUACUCCGGCGUAAAAUUAAGUUCGGGUCAAACACACCGCAACACUGAGUUAGACACCCUGUCGAGAGAUUAAUGUUGCCUACCGCUUCCUUCUCGCUAUGCCAACUUUAGUAAGGACUGCAGGAUAGCCAUACAGAGAGCCAUGUGCUCAACCGAAACGCCACUCUAUAGCCACAAAUAAUUACAUCUUUUUAGCUUUGCCUAAAUUCUUUAGCAAAGAGACUAAACACAACUCACCUACUCUCUUCCAGCAGCUGCUUGUUUGUAUGGAGACCUUGGGCCAGACUACAGCGGGGUGACGCAGCUCAAGGAAGAACAUUUAUGAUCAUUUCUUUAUGGAAAUGCAAUCAGACCGAGACGCUAAGGCAGAAGAACUACCACGUCUGCAGCGCACAAUGAUUAACAUGAUGAUUAUUACUUCAAGGAAAUGAUCAUAAAUGUUCUUCCUUGAGCUGCGCCCCCGCCCCAGUCAAUGAUGGACUGGCCUGAGGUCUCGCUUCAAACAAACGGCUGCUGGAAGAGAGUAGGUGAGUUGCAUUUAGUCUCUUUGCUAAAGAAAUUAGGCAAAAUUAAAAAGAUAAUUGGUGGCUAGUACUAUGGCUGAGACCCUAUAUGUACUUUUGAUGAAAUUAGGUGCUGUUCUGAGCAUUAUUUGUGGCUAUAGAGUGGCGUUUUGUUUGAGGUGUGCGCGUGGCUACUGGGAUUGCUCUGUAUUGCUAUUGUACGGUCGUUACUGGUAUAACUAGAGAAGCAAGCAGUCAGCAACAUUCAUCUCUCGAGGGGGUGUCUAACUCUGUUAAGCUGCUGUACUUCCUGUCAGCGUUUUGAGUCGAUAAUUAUCCAUGCUUUCUGUCGUACUCUAUUUGGGAAUCUCCUAAACAUUGCCAACUGUCUAAAGUGUCAAACUGUAAAACGACUUAAUUUGCGUGUUGAGGGAAAUGUGGAAAAAACAUAUAUGAAAAAAGCACAACCAGAUGUCCUUUAACUUGAAAAUCCCCAGCGCCUCUUAUCAAAGCCUCACACAUGCCAGGGUAUGAAAGUCAAAUGCUCCCAUCCAGCCAGUCAUCCAUUAUAGGUGCUGUCAUGCUCUGGAGAUAGAGGCUACAUGGUUGGGAGAGACUUCCAUUUCAUUUCAUUUAUUGACCUCAAGGGAAGGAGAAACCCCGUCGUCUCAGGAGGAAACGGUUAAUUCAGUUGAAUCUGAAGACUCUUUCUUUCUUGAACCUACUAUAUGAAGCAUUCAGAGUCAUCAAACCCGUCCUCUUUUUAUGUCUGCACUGCACCCCGAGCCUAUCACUCCAGUUGUGACUAACUGAGGGAAAGGCUUUCUUAUCUUCUGAAAGGCCACAAUGGCUUUUCUCUUGACAAAUGAUCCCUAUCGCAGAGCUUUCAUUGGGUCUCCUCUCUGAAACUCUUGUGAUUAUUGUAUGCGCUUCUUACAGUUUGGACUUAUGGAGAUGAAAAGUUUGGAAUCACUCUAAAAGAGUAAACAUGGGGAAAAAAAGAGGGUACUAGAGUCAGAAGUAUUUAAUUAAAACGGGCCUGUCUGUGUACUGGCACAGUUGGGAAAUAUGAAAUCAACCACUUUUCUUGGCAGGCCGUCUUCAUGCAAGGCUGUAAAAUCUCAUUAUUAGUCUUCUAGAAACUCCAAGACCCAUCAAAUACCAUAUAAACAACAAAGAGUUUUUUGACAUGAACAGAAAUUUAUAUUGAUGCCUUUUCAUAAGUUUCAGAAUCAAACUAAACCAUCAGUGACAAGAUUAACAAGAUGGAAACAGGAAUUUCUAAUGUCUGAGUUGGUGCGAUGGGAGUAGUUGUCAGCCGAGCAGCUGCAGAAACAGACCUGUUUUUACAGAAAAUAUUCACAAUAAAGGAUUAAAAUUAGAUGUCUAGUAUACCUCUUUCUCACACAAGUACUAGAGACAUGUAACUCAUACAACCCCACUUAGAAAAUACUGAAGAACCAAUCAUGACCCAUCUAAAUAGACACAAGCCAAAAGUUCCUCACUGUAGCUUUAAAUACAAACUAACAAUCACCUCAUAUAAGGUUUGAGUCCUCUUCUUCAGAAGCCUUCGACAGCCUUUAAACAGUGUGGAAGCAACUUCUGUGAAAGAGAAAGAAAAGUUGUUUAGUUUUUUACACAAUGGGGUGGUGGGCUCGAUGCCAGCUCAUAAUUAAUUAAAAAUGACAAAUGGGUUUUAUUUCCCUGCCAGGCUCAACCUUUCUGCAGGAAUUUGAGCGCAGAGGAGCAUUUUCGGUGUUCGCCAGGUAAUUGCUUCAGUCUCACGCUGUCUCUCCUCUCAGAGAGCGCUGACUGCAAGAGGAUUUCUCUUCAGAAAAAAGAAAAGAAAGUCUCAGAGAGAGAGAGAGAGUGGGUUUUCUGUGGUAAUUUCAUCACACUGCAUUAGGCUGGGGAUGGUGACAGUAACAGCUUUCUGGUGAUCCAGAAGGAGCUGGGGGAUCAAAUAAUACAGUGUGAUUCUGUUGCUAUGAAGUACUUGUUUGAUCAUCUAAAACCUGAAAAUGUCAGCAGCUCUCUGCUUACAGUGAACAACAAAGAAACAGAUGGCUGAUGACAUUAUUUCCAUGACGAAUCAUAGAACAGUGUGAGACCUCUAAUGGGGGUACUUUUCUUUCUUUCUUGAAGAAGUGGUGUCUUUAAAAAGUGACAAGACUUUUGUCUUUUCUUCAAUUUAUACAGUAAAAAUAUUGCUAGAACAGUUGACGCUUCGAUAUUUGUAACUCAGACUUCUUGUCUUGAAGAAAAAUAUACAGCAUGAGUAGCGCGACACUUCUUUAAACUUUAAUUUCUUAUGUAGAUACAGAAAGAUUCAGCAUCUUAGAUCUUGACAGUUUCAUAUCUCACAAGAAUCUCAAUGUUUAUAUGCAAAAUAGAGUCAUUUUUCAACAGAGAUUCAUUGUGGAUUUGGAAACUGAGACCACAGCCCACCAACUUCAAAUAAAUCAGACAUACACCAACUGUGAAAAAUGCUAAAAUCUGGCAAAUACGGCGAAUACAAAAAAGAAAUUCAAUAGCUGACACUGAGUUAUCAACAGAUGCUGAUACUGAUGGUUAAAAAACAAAACUAGCUGAUAGUACGAUUUUAAAAGUCACAGAUACCAUUGUUUGAAUUGAAAUUUAACCCUACAGCUUGUGGAUCCAUGUGUUAUCUGUCUAUUCAAUUAUUCCAUUCAAUCUAGUAAACAAAAAACAAAAAACAAGUCAAUAUUUUGUUUAUUUGUUUUUUUGUAUAACCAAAAAAUAAAAAAAUAGAAUACACUAUUCUUUUAUUUUUUGGUUAUACAGAAAAACAAAUAAACAAAAUAUUGACUUGUUUUUUGUUUUUUGUUUUACUAGAUUGAAUUGAAUAAUUGAAUGGACGGAUAAUACACAGACCCUUGUGCUAGUGUUCAAAGCUACCUCUUGCUUUAAAUAAAAACCAAGAAUACUUAUGUUCAGAAAGUAGCUGAAAACCAAUGAGGUAUUGAGAAGAACACUUUAAAAUAUUUCUAAUACCAUUUUUUUUAAAUCAGUCAACAGUAGAUACUAAAAGUUUCAAAACAACAACUUGAGCUGGUAGCAAUACUGUUUUUCAAAAGUAACAAGUAAAUCGUUCUGAUAGUAUGUAAAAAAAUAACAGCAAAACCUGUAGCUAAUAGCUUGAUCUUAUUGCUUGUUCUUAUAAAUGUAUCAAUAAUAAUAUCGACAACAAUACAAUGAUUAAUAAACCUGCUGUGUUCUUCUUACCUGCCUUUUUUCUGAAAACGUCUCCUGCCUACUGUUGAUCAGUUCAGUAAUCUAAAUGGCAGCGACGUGGGUUCCCUUGCUUGCAUGUGCUGUUUCAAUUAUCUGAUUUGGGUUUGUAACAAAAAGACCAUAACUGAGAUUCUCAGGGAGAAAUAGCUGUUUGGCUAAUUUCUUCAACUAUGAUAGAUGAAGCUGAUUAAAGGUUACCAUGAUAGUUAAGAAAUCCACAUUAACAUUUUGAAUUUUCUCUGCUGGAGACGACGGAGGCAUAGAAAUAAGAGUUUUAACAAAUCAAAUAAAACUUUUAUCCCCGGUGACAAGGUUUCACAGAGACUGACAGCAAAUACAGUCAUGACUGACAGUGCAGUGGCAGUGCAGACAAUCAAAAUGUUCAUAUUGGAAUCCAGCACAGUGGAUAUGACACAAGAUGAGAGAUGGAAAUUCUCCAGGCGAUUCUUCUUCUGUCUCGUGGGCUUUUUUAGCCCCUUUCUCCUCUUCUAAACAACUGUCUGAAUGUGUCUUAUAGAAGCACAAUUUCAGGGACUUCUUAUCGUAAUAUGUUUUUAAAAUUCUGUGUUUUUAAAAUGUAUAAAAUCUUAAAACUGCGUGAAUAUAACCUGGAUAUUGACCCAAACCGGCACAAUAUAUAUCUGAUAAAAUAUGUAACACAAUUUAAUAUACAAUAUUCUUUAGGGAUAUAUGAUACAAUAUAUGAUAUAUGGUGUGAUUAACCAAUGGCACGAUAUACUUAUAUAUAUAUAUAUAUAUAUGUGAUACUAACCUUGACAUUUCUUGUCACCUUGCUUGCUUGAUCCUGUCGGUCGAUUCGCCCUCUAUAACGUUAGAAGGAUCCGAAAAAGCUCCUGGUACAGGUUCUUGUAAUAUCACACAUUGACGACUGCAACUUCUUACUGGCAGGCCUCCCCUGAGUGCACAGAAUUAGCUUCCAGAAUUAGCUAUCAUCAAAUAUGAAGUCCUACUUAUUACCUACAAUACUGCAACCACCUAUAGCCCCUCAUGCAGGUCUUCACCCCCUUCAAUGAAAGGUUCUCUCAUCACAACAAGGCCCUGAGUCACAAACUAGACUCUUCUCCUCUGUUGUCUCUCGGCGGUACAACGACUAAAAUAAAUGUCCCCUUAUAUUUCAAGAGAAUAGUGAUGAUGAUGGUGGUAAUGAUGAUGAUAGAUGGUGACAACGAUGACAGUUUCAUUGUGACUUGAGUCACUAUCGUUGACAGGUUGACGUUGGUUAUACGUUACCUAGAAAAAAAGGAAAAAGAAGAAAGUGUAUGUCCUGUUGCACUUAGAGCAGUUUUUGGCACAUAUACAGUGUUACAAUGGGACAGUGUCAUUUAGCAGAGGAAACAACAUGACACAAUAUAUGAUCCAAAAGUUGUCCAGUUUGAAAAAUAUCACUCCUCUGACUUUACUUUCCCGUGUUUAUCAGAAUGAAUGGACAGAAGCAGUGGACACGUGUGGCCGUGAUGGCGCUCCUGGUGCUAACGGUGAUGGCAGCUGAAGGUGGAAAAGCAGAAAAACAAGGUGAGGUCAGAAAUGGUUCUUCUUCUUCUUCUUCUUCUUCUUCUUCUUCUUCUUCUUCUUCUUCUUCUUCUUCUUCUUCUUCUUCUUCUUCUUCUUCUUCUUCUUCUUCUUCUUCUUCUUCUUCUUCUUCUUCUUCUUCUUCUUCUUCUUCUUCUUCUUCUUCUUCUUCUUCUUCUUCUUCUUCUUCUUCUUCUUCUUCAGUGUAUUAAAAUAAAACAGGAGCAUCCUGGUGUUUUCUUACAAACUAAAGUACCUCCCAGCUUGUUUAUUCCUUUAACAAUAUAGCAUGUAACUGAGGAAAAAAUUGUAAUAAGGGAGAUGUUUCUCCAGCAGUGGGUGAUGGAGGAGCAGUAUCUGCCAGUUAGCCUAAAAAGUACUCCUCCCUAAUGAAAUGGCACACAGUUCUACUCUGUAAUAAUGGCUGCACUGUGAGAGAUGUCCUUCUUAACAACUUAUUUAGUUGGACACAACUCCAAACCAAAAUAUGAAAAUGAAAAAAUAGCCUCUGGGGUUGAAGUAAUUUGUCUCCUUUGAGAACUUAGCUGAACAAAUAGCAGUAUCUUGCGAGAGAGGCUAAAUAAGUUCGAUAAAUCCCACUUGGGUAAAGAAAACAACAUUUAGCCUAAUUUAAAUUCCAGCAAAAAAGUUCAUUUGCAUUGGAAAUUAGCACAAGCACCUAAACCAAUUACAUCUGCCUUGGAAUAAUUUGAAAAAGCCCAAGAGGGUACAAUACUUUUAUAAACACUCCAUGUUGCAAUUUCCACUUCUUGUUUUAUUAAAAGCUGAGACUCCAACAUUUUUUGUUUAUCCAGAGCUGUGGAUUUGAGACUUUUAAGUCGUGUCAGAUGCUGAACUUUAAUGAGCUCCUAAAACUCGGCUGCUCGGGGACAGAACUUUCUCUACUCCUCAAAUACAUGAAGUGAUGCUUGAAAUCUAAGCGGAUUAGGUGAUAGACUGUCUAUAAGAGAGGGGUGUAGCCAAGCUGGUGUCUACCACUGGUUUGGAGCCUUUUCAUUUUGAAGCCACAAGUUUGGCCUUUUUGGACAAGAGGUUUUACAUGAAGUAGACUGGCAAAAAGAGAGAUAACAGCACACACCAGCACUUGAGUGUUGGGAUGAUCCAAAGCAGCAAAUUUACGGAAACUCAAAUUCUGCCAAACUGACUAGUUCAAAGUGAAGACAAUACUUUGAAAACAGCCAAAAUACAGCCAAAUUGCUGUGUAAUUUGUCAUAAAUUUACAGUUUAUCAAACAUAUCAUCAUAGAGUCUCUGGGUAGACUGGUCUAAUAAGUGUGGCUAAUGAUAGCAGAGCUAGAACCACCAGCUUUUGCUUCCCCUUUAAGGUUUAAGUCAACACACAUGCUGACGAUGCAUUGAUCUACUUGAGAGUUUAUACGAAAUACUGUCAAACUAUGCCAUGCUCAGAGAUACCAUCUGUCAUCUGUGCUUGUUUACAUGAGGAUAGUAGAGCAUGAUAGCAUUAAGGCAGCACCCAUUCACUUGAGUAACUUCCCUGGGUAGUGGUAGGACACAAUAUUCCACAAGCAUGUAGAGUCUACAACUGAGAAAGUUAUCAUUUUAAUUCUGGUCGUAAGUGGAGGACGGUAAAAGUGGCAGAAAUGAGUUUCCUCCCAAGGGUGGCUUGGUUCAGCCUUAGAGUUUAGGUCAUGAGCCUGAUCAUCUGGGUAGAGCUCAGAGUAAAGCUUUGCAUCAGAAGUAGUCAGUUGAGGUGGUUCUGGCAUUUGAUAAAGGAGGCUCCUGGACACUGUCUUAUUGAGGUGAUCCAGACCUUUCCAACUCUGAGGAAGCCCUGGGGUUCACUCUGGGGAUUUUAUUUCAUAACUGGCUAGGCAAUGACUCUGGACAUUCCUGGAGCUUGAAAAUAUUUCUUGGGAGAGGGAUGUCUGCGUGGACUUGCUCAGAUUGCUGCCAUCCCAUCUUGACCCUGGAUAAGCAGAAGAACAUGGAUGAUUGGAUUAGACUUAAUUUUGAUGCCAGUCAGGCUAAGGUGACAACACACAAUCUUAACCUGAAAGUACUUUAUAUUUGUGCAUAGUGUCACAGGGUUAUGAAAGUUGAAGAACGAAGAACUUCUAUGUACCAGGCUAAGUCUCCCCCUGCUGGCCAAAGGAAAGAAUAAAGACUUGAAGAGCUUAAUAUAGCAGAUUGAGAGACCCUUGUUACAUAUUAAACAAGUGUUUUAAGUUUAUACAAGUUUAUUUAUGCUUAUGCUAUUUAUUGGAGGUGGUCUCAGCCAUGUAUGAAAAAAAGCUUUUAAGGAAGUUACUUUAACAAAGCUUUGUAACUGCACCAUGCUCGUAAAAUAAUAAUACAUGUCUCAGACUUGCCACUCUCGAUGAGUCUUAACAGUUCUUUUAGUUACCCUGAGACUUGACAUUUACUCCUCUGUUGGUUAUUCAUUAAUGGUGUAUGUUCGGUCUAACAGGAAAGAAGGAGCGCAAGUCGGACUGUGGGGAGUGGCAGUGGAGUGUGUGUGUAGCCAACGAAGGGGACUGUGGACUCGGCACCAGAGAGGGGACACGCACCGGCACUGACUGCAAGCAGACCAUCAAGACCCAACGCUGCAAGAUCCCCUGCAACUGGAAGAAGAAGUUCGGCGGUGAGGAAAGCGUGUCAAGACUGGACCAGAUUUCUUGUGCGCAUGUUUAUAAGGGUCUACUUUUCGGAUGAUUGUUACAUAAUCUAAGAGCGCUGAAAUACUUAGAAAGCCCCACUCCUGUCCCUCACACCAGCACCUCCCCAUGAUGUAUGCGUGCCUGUCAUUCACGCAAACAAUAGUCCCAUCUUCACAAUGGGAAUGAGUAAGCUAGCUAAUUAGAGGUACGACAGAAAUGUCUGCUGAGGAGGUGAUACAUGGCGGUGGAAAACACAGGAAUAAUCAUCCUUCUUUGUCAUCUGUUUUGGGGCUCCAGCCUUCACAGCUGAAAUGUCUCACUGUGACAAGCCUCAGGGACUUUUGUUCCCCCAGUACGGCCUGUCAGGCAGGGCCCUGCUGCUCUGCAAUGGGCCUGUCAGGAGUGAUGAACACAGUGCAGGAAAUAAUGGUCCCGCUAACUGGCUGUAUAGAUUAGAGCAGUGAAAAGUUUGGAGUAAGUGGCAAAGUUACAUCCCCCUGUCCUUUUAAUCAUGGAUAGUUCCCCCAAAAAAGACACAGCCAAAAGUAACUCACAUUUUUUUGUAUGUUGGAGCUAAUAUUUUUGCUUAUCUUGAUAUUUUGGCAAUGAAAAUAUUUGGUAACCACACUGUACAAAUUGCAUCAGAAAAGUAUGAAAACGAAUCUUCACCCUGGCAGCCAAAUCUAGAUUCAGAUGUAACGCUUUCUAUCCUGUGUCAAUAAUAUAAAGACUGUUUCGCUAUGGGGUUUAAGUACAGCGACAUUGCACAUUGCAGUGGUGAACUUGGGGGCGAUUAUUGUUUCCUCGGUCCCCUUAUGUCUUAAAAAGUGUUGCAUAAGCUCCCCCUAGAUGCCCAUUCAGAAUAUGAAUUAUAAAAAAGUGCCCUCUGAAUGUCCUUUCAGUGAAAUAAACAUCAAAAUACAGCCAUCUGGAUGAACUUCCACUGUAUAAAUCAAAAAAGGAUACCAAGGCUACACUUCUAGUGGAUGAAAUGUUAAAACAGGCCCGGUGGAUGCCCUUCCAGUCUGAAAUGCCCCCUGAUUUUCUUUUAAAGACAUAAUUUGAAAACAGAUCUCUCUGCAUGCCCAUUCGGAGUAUAAAUCGCAAAAAAAAUGCCACAUGGAUGAUAAAAAAUCGUGAAAAAAUACUUGCAGUUCUCUAAUUUACUCUUCUCACAUCGCAGUGGAAUAAAGAGUGACUCAAGUAUGAAGUAGGUUGGACUCAGUUAUGUACACAAGGGCAGGGUUGAUGCACACCUGAGAGCCUGGACUCAAUUAUUAAAGAGACAAUCACUAUUCUUAUCGCACCGAUCCAGAUAAAAGGGACCAACCUCAAGUGUACGGUAAAAAGUAAUUUCAACCCCAUUACAUACAAUAAAAAGCUUCACACAAACACGUUUCAGACCAUCAUGGGUGUUUGUCAUCCUUUUUAGGACCGUACACUUAACGGCAAUAAAGGGACACUUUAGUAAACCUCAUUUAUUUUUCAUUGUAGACCGUUAAUGGGUUUCUCUACAACUGACCAUAGAAAUACUCACAAAGGGAAUGUAUAAACACAAACCCCAAGACAAAAAGAAAUGACGCUUUAAAGUGAAGAGGUGGAAGAAGACGAUAGUAAAGGGCGACUCCGCCUAAUUUACUGACUGACUCUUCUUGGAUCAAAGUCAAAAAGAUGAAUCUGUCGUACGAUAUAUAGUAGAAAUAAGAAAACAUGUACAUUGUCGAAAAGUAUGGGGAUUAUUUCAGAAUAAUGAGAAACUGGAGGAGAAUCUCUGCAGAUUUGGGACAAGACUGAUAACCAAUACUGGAUGGCAGGGAUAUUUGGGCCCUCGGUUGGCCCUGAAUUUGAAACAGACACAAAUCUCUGCAUGGACUGAAAAGGACUCCAAAGUUUUUGAAAAAGACUUGGGUUACAACUGUUCUAAAAGGGAAAUCAUAUAUAACCAUAAUCCUGAAACCCUCUGACCUAAACUGGUGUGGGAUAGACUGAGGCAAAGUGGAAAACUAUGUUGUGGUUUGUUGAAACAAAAUUUGACAAUCUUUUUGGAAAUCAUGGACUAUGCUGGUUACAUGGUAGAGAAAAUCGAAUUCCAAUCCCAUUAUUCAAUCAAUCAGAGUUCUCUGACUCCAAACGGAGUUCUCAAACUCUGAUUAUAGUCGGACUAAGGUGUUUACAUGCACUUCAGUUGUCCGGUCUUAAUCGGAGUAAGGCAAUAAUUCGGUUUUCUCGAGUGUUAUGUAAACGUACUGAGUGAAACAUGAGGGAAACAGAGUCAGACACAAACUGAAAACUCAAAAGACAAGACAACAGGGGAACAGAAAUUAUAGGGAAAAUACACUCAAAUCACUGGGAAACACUCAAUAAACAGAACGUAUCAUGACGGUCUCAAGGCGUGAAGAUAACAAAUAUGAGUAUUGGACCCAGAUGGGCUUCAUCCAUACACAUCAGGAGCCAUUCAAGAUCUCCUCUGGACUUGUGUUUACCAAAGGCAGGACCAGAUUCCAUUAGAUCACAUCCUCCUGUCAUUCUGAACACUUUCAUAUGACUGUUUAGGUUCAGGGUCACUGAUGAGUGCCUGUAUAUACAUGCCCACCAAUUUUUGCUUACCUUCUCAUGAAACCUCAGUGAGGACGUGGACUGCCUGCCAAAAACCCCAGAAGCCCAUGUGGGAAGCUCUCACUCUGAGACAAAUUAUGGAAGCACAGGGCUUUAAAGUUGGAUUCUCAGGAAGUCCCUGUAGGUUUAUUGCAACAAUAGCACUGUCACUCCCUCUCCCCUCACCCCUCUCCCCUCCUCUGAUGAGCACCCUGGGAUCUCAGAGGCACUGACAAGAGGUCCGACGCUUUCAUGUGAGAGGAAGCUAAGGAAUGAGUGUCACAGCCUCCAGGGAGCCCGGCUGGAGCAGCAACAAAAUAAUGGAGGCAGAUAUGAGGGACGUACUGUACACAAACUCACACUCUAGUGCACAAACACACACUUCUAACACGUUUCUUUUAAUAUACACCAACCGCUGCUGCCGUUUUCUAGAGCAACCCUGCAUCCUCUGGGGGUUUGUUUAAGGUGGGUUAAAUUUAAUAUCAAAUAAAAGCACAUAUGUGGAGUUUAUUUGAGGCUCUGCUCAAAGUGUGUCCUGCUGCUUUAAUCAUUUGUUUCCAUUUACUUCCUGGCUGUUUCUGAUUAUGUGCAUGUGCUGGUAAUUCUCAUCGUAUAGGAAGUAUAAUAUAAAAACUGAAACACCAUCUGUUCUCGUUAGCAAGAACCUAUAAGCAUCUUUUAUUCUAAUAAAAGCGUCCUCUAAUGAGUUUUCAGCAGGACUCUUUGGAUCUUGGACAGCUUUUAUAGAUAUAAAAGAAGAUAUGAGGGAAGUCAAUUAACAGCGCUCAUCAAACAGCCAUUCAAAACGGGCUCAAGAGGCUUGUUUCAAUGACUGGUUGUGACCGCCUACUUCUAGAAACAAAUAUAGAAGCUGCAAGUCAUCAUCGUAGAAGGUUUUCUGCUUGAUCGCUCCCACACUUUGCCUUCUCGGAGCUACUCCACCAAACAAAAGCGUCUAAUUAAGUAUCUGAUUUCAUUGUGCGCCACAGGAGAAUGCAAGUACGACUUCCAAGCUUGGGGGGAGUGUGAUCUGGCGACCGGCAAGAAGAACAGGACGGGUGUGCUGAAGCGAGCGCUCAUGGAUGCGACCUGUGCCACCACCGUCACAGCUACUAAGCCCUGUGGGAAAAUCCCCAAGACCAAGCUGCAAGGUAAAUACAGAGGAGUGACUCUUCAGUAGAUAAAACACAACUCACCACAGAGGACGUGUUCAGUCUCUCCACAGUAGGGGGGUACACAAGUCCUUCUGAUGAGUCAGUCUGUCCGCAAAAAAGGACACAAGGUGGAGAGAUGACAUUUUAUGUUCAUUAUGUAAUCCAAUAAAAGAAAUGUGAGCCACUGUCAAACAGAUCUGAUCACCUCAACCAUACAAGGCUCUCUGCUUCUUCCUACUGCUAAACCUUUGGAACCUUCGGUGGAGAUGACACUUGUAAAUAAUUGUAAAUCAAAAGUUCAUCUUCAUUUCCAAAAAAAAAAAGAGUUACUGGUUUUAGAGGGGACCUACACCUGAUCGAUGUUAGCCAGCAGCAGUUCUUUGUAGCCAAACUUGGCUAUCAAAUUCCCUCCAACCUGUUUUUUAAAAGCUUUUAUCUCUUUUUAGAUCAAUAAAGUCUAUAAUAAAAGUUGUGACGAAAUUCCAACACUUAACUGAAAUAUCACUCUUGUUUACUGGCAAAGUUACAGCUCCCCUCAGCUUCUUAGCAUUGUUGUCUUUUGGCUCAUUUGUUAAGACAAAAACUUAAAGGGAUAUUCCAGUGUAAAGUUAAGUUAGGGUCAAACACACCGUAACACCGAGUUAGACACCCCGUCGAGAGAUGAAGGUUUGUUCAGACAAAAAUCACCACCCCUGUACAGCUGCUAUGUGAAAAUGACUGAAUUUCAUACCAAACAGUGUUAAUUGAACUUAAAUGUAAAUAUGUUUAAUUUUAAUGUGGAAAUUAGUGUUUUAACAUGGGACCUAAUGAAGAUUAUUUGUUUUUUGGAGCUAGCCCCAAGUGGACAUUUAAGGAAUUGCAGCUCUUUUUGCACUCUCAAAUUAGCUUCAAUAUUCAACACUGUUGGUUGCUGCUUAGACAUUUACUUUAACUAUGUAAUUUCAAUAAACUAAAUAAACUUUAUUGAUGACUAAGUAGUUCAUGGGCUUUAUAAUCCAGGGCACAAUUCAUUAUACUUUGGAAAGGAACAAACACUUCCAGCUGUUACACACACAGCCAAAGAAAUGUCUUAAGGUGAGUUUGUAUCAAAGCUGAGACCAGAGACCAAACAAAGAACCAAAGUACUGACAUAAAAGGAGAAUUGUUCCUUGACUUUCUUGCACUGUCAGAUCAUUGUAAACAGUUUCUCGAAAUGUUAGAUUAGCUGCUUUACUGAAUUAAUCAUGACUGAAGGGAUGUUUACCACAUGGAUCUCUCAGUUUCUUCAACAUAACUUCUGAUACUCAGUGUGACAAGCCUGUAUAUUUUAUUCUCUUUGAAAUAUUCAGAGCUUCAACCCACAGGUCGAAAACCUGGAAAAAGAAUCUGGAUUUCAUUUGAGAUCAGCAUCAGAUUGUGUAUCAAAGAGGGAGAACUUUCUUUAUCCUCUUUGUGGUAAUAGCUGUGCAUGUUCUGUAGAUAUUUAUCUCCUUGUACACGUCGAGUUGAUUGUAUCUCGGCUCAAUCCGACAAACCCUUGCAAAUGAUGUUAAUCUCAUGCUAAAGCAGCUGUUAUUCACAUUCAGACUCAAUCCUCCGUCAGCCUGAUGAAAAUCCACCUACUUAAGUGCUAAGUUGAAGCGGUGAUUGACAACGUUAAGGCAAGGGUGAAGAGGUUAACUCGCUAUUCAACUGUAAUUACAUGCUUUGAGUUUUCAUCUGUCAUUUCAAGUAAGAUCAAGUUCUUUCGUCUGGUUAUUGGGAAACUGGAGUUGACGCAAGAUUUAAACAAAUUAGGGAAUAUUAGAGGGGUAAGCAUGGUGAAUAUAUUCGGUUUUCUGUUUAACUGGUGAUAAGAAAACACUCGAUUCAUUCCAACUGAGCCCAUGUCCUUUGUUAAUAUGGCAAACAAGUAUGUAACUGACCCGCUGUGAGUGUCCCAUUGUCCAAACAGGAUUAUAAUUAGAGCAGACUGGCAGCCAGUGGCCAUAAACUGCAUCCUUAUCUCCCUCUGCAGAUGACAUAUGUGCACACAAGGUUUGCGCAUGGAGUUUGCUUAACCUUACUGUCACUUCAUCCAACAGUGACAGUCCAACAAAACCUCCAAAAUUAUGCUGAUAAGACUAUACGGACACUUCAGAGAUAUUAUGUGCUACAGGAUGUCUGCUUCUGUGUUUGUCUUCAGAUUUUUAUGCCACACACUGUAUUUGACUUUCAAAAGCAGAGUGUGUUUAACCUUCACUCAGAAGCUCAUCUUUAAUGUGCGAUGACGGGAAGCUUCUGCAGGAUACCUACUGUACUGACCAUCUGUUAUUUUCACUUGCAAAUAUAUAGUUCAUGAUGACGCUGUUCAAAUAUUGGAAGCUGGAAAAAUUGAAUCUAAAGUUGGAAGAAGUGAAUUAAGAAGUCCUGAUCAUAUAAUUUGUAAAGACAGUCAGUAAUUACUUGAGAAAGUGGUGAAGACCUCUUGCUGCCUCGAUUGUCAGCCAUUUAUUCUUCUUGUCUUUUGAAAGGACAGUCACAAAGGUAAUUUGAUUUUAAGUGGUUUUCCAGGUGGAGGGGUGGUUAGUCUAAUGUAUGUCUGUCCAUCAAUCCUGUCAUCCUCUACAGCACCGUCUUCCCGCUUCAUCCCAGUUGUAAAUUGCAGGUUCUUUGUCCUUUUUUUUUUGGACUCUUUUACGUCAGCAGAUAAGUGUUGCUCUCAGAGUCGCCACAGAUUUCCACAAGUCAAAUUUUAGGCUUAGGACUUUUUUAAGACCACAAUGAAUACAAUUAAUGACCUAUUUUACAUCCUUAUUGGCAAAAUAGUACAAAAGACAUGACUGAAGUUGAUACAUUUGUUUUAAAUAAAAGUAACGUAAAUACAUUUUAUGGAUCUUUCUAAAUCGUUUAAGAGAUUUUAAGAGAAUUUUAGAUAUUUUAGACAUUAAAGGGAUAUUCUAGCAUAGAAAUAAUUUAGGGUCAAACACAUUACAACACCGAGUUAGACACCCCCUUGAGAGAUGAAUGUUGCCGACCACUUGCUUCUCUAGUUAUACCAACUUUAGUAAUGACCACACGAUAGCAAUACACAGUGGUCUCAGGAGUCACACACACACCUAAUCCAAAACGCUACUUUAUAGCCACAAAUAAUGCUCAGAACAGCACCUAACUUCAUCAACAGUACAUAUAGGGUCCCAGCCAUAGCACUAGCCACCACACAUCUUUUAGCUUUGCCUGAUUUCUUUCACAAAGAGACUAAACACAACUCACCUACUCUCUUCCAGCAGCCGCUUGUUUGUAGCGAGACCUCAGGCCAGUCCAUUACGACUGCUGUGGGGAGACACAGCUCAAGGAAGAACAUUUAUGAUAAUUUCUUCAUGGAAAUACAAUCAGACCGAGACGCUAAGGCGGAAGAACUACGGCGUCUGCAGUGCAAAAUGAUAAAUAUGAUGAUUAUUACUUAAAGAAAUGAUAAAGAAACAAGUGUCUGAUGGAAGAGAGUAGAUGAGUUGUGUUUAGUCUCUUUGCUAAAGAAACCAGGCAAAGUUACAAAGAUGUUUGGUGGCUAGGACCCUAUAUGUACUGUUGAUGAAGUUAGGUGCUGUUCUGAGGAUUAUUUAUGGCUAUAGAGUGGCGUUUUGGUUGAGGAUUGUUUAUGGCUCCUUAGACCGCUGUGUGUUGCUAUUCUGUGGUCGUUAAAGUUGGUACAACUAGAGAAGCAAGCAGUGGGCAACAUUCAUCUCUCGACGGGGUGUCUAACUCAGUGUUACCGUGUGUUUGACCCUAAAUUAAUUUUACGCCGGAAUAUCCCUUCAAAUUCUAGCUAUUGGAUUGCAGAUGUUUUAAGACUGUUUGAGACCCCCGUGAUGUUCCUGAGCGGCUCAUUUCAGGUUGUUUCACGUCUUUGAUUCAAUAGCUUAUAAUCUGACUUACUGACUAGAAAAGCAUUGAGGAAAUAGGAUCAAGUACAGUUUAUUUCACAAAGUCUGCAGUUAACUCUGUGUAACAUGUCUAUAUAAACAUAUGCCAUGAAUAACCUUUCUUUCUCUGAUUAAACAGCCUUAAAGAUUUCAUCUUGGUGAUUAAAAAGUAUAACUGUAGUAAAAGGUCAAAGGUCGUAUUGACACUAUUUAAUGGAGGGAUUCAGCUCAAUGCCGACCAAUAAUUGAACAAGUCUGCUAGAUUGCAUAGAAAUCCAAGAAAAUCCAUGAAGAAAGACAAAUGAGUGUUCCAAUUAAAACCUCAUUAGAGGACAGACGAACGCUUCGACACUACACUUCGAUUAUUCUGCUUUUCAACUUUAAUUUGUCAUGUUUCAUCAUGCAGGAAAAUUGAUGCAGAUCCUUAAGUUUUUAUGUGGAAUUGCAAACGAUAAGGCAGGUAUUCAUGUCCGAUAGCCCCGUGUAUGCAUGCAAGAGCAAACCUGUCCUUGUGUGUAAUGCCGUGUUCCCGCACAAAUCAGUUCUAAUGAAGGCCGGAUGUGUGGAUGUAGAGUGACAGAGGUGUGAGCACGGAGGGCAACACAGAGGCAAAGUGAGGAUGACAGCGGCCGAGAUGAGAGGAGGCAGUCGGGGAGAGAAACUUGCCACCUGAUUGCAAAGCGAUUUCCCAUGUCUGCCAGUUGGAAGAUAAGCCUUAGGAAGCAAAGGGGGUUAGUGAGAGAAAAGAAAGCACAAUGAGGUGUGCACAGGAAGGAGAAUUGUGUGUGCUUUCUGUGUGUCAGGGGAUGGCAGCGAUACAGUCCACAGCAGCGGGAUCACAGGGCUUAUGGGGGAAAAAACUGGAGCGACUUAGAGGCUAUCUAUCCCGCAGCUUGGAGCAGAGAUCUGCACGGCCAAAUCUGCAAUUCUGAACACCAGCUUGGCUUUGGGAGAUAGGUGGGUUUCCCCUGACUGCAGCAGGUUGUUGUGACGGAUGUAGCAUCUGUCAUUUGCAGAUUCCAGAGGAGACAAUGCUACAAGGCGUCUCGGGAGCGAUCCAGGAGUCAGAGUUGCGUGUCUUUGCACGAGCGAAACACAAGAACCCCACAGAGCCGUAGAGGGAGAACAAAGAGUGACAGAAAUGAAACAUUAUGAAUGCCUGUGGAAAGCUCCAGGUCCCCGCCUUCUCUUUCAGCAGAACAGGAGCGAGGAGCGAAGGGAGGGGAGUGUGAGGAUGCCAGAGGUGAUUUCAGGUUAAACAAAAGACUUUGCGGAGAUUAAAUCGCUUCAAACUAAUUCGGAGAUGCCACAUUUGUUUGGUUGGAGAUCAGAACACCACCUGUCACUGCUGAGUCAUUCAAUCAGAGUCACACUGUAGAUAUGCUUCCAUAUAGAGGCAGAGAAAUUGCCUUGCCUGUUAAAUGAGGAACAGAAAAGUGAAAGUGUUGAAGCUGGCCUUUCAAACUUUUUAGAUAAAGGUUGCUGAAGCUUCUUUUUAUAUACUUAUAGAUACUUUCCCCUAAAGCAUACCUGACAGACUUUCCCUGAUCAGACGAAAGCAGGAGGCAAACUCAUCCUUGUCUUCGAUCGAGGGGCGGAAAAUACUGUCAUUUCUUGUGCCAUUACAUAACACAGACUCACUUUUUAUACCUUUUUUUGCAAAGAGAAGUGAUCUAAUGUGUUGCAAAGUUGGUGCCGAGUGUAUUAUACUCAUGCAUUUUAAGAAAAUGGUGAGGCAAUUCUAAGUAAAGAAACGUUGCUGUUACAUUUCUGCAAGUCAAAUGAUGUGAAGGACAGGGGUCACGGAUAGGGAAAGUAACAAAAGGAAAAUCUGAACCUUCAAACAAAACAAAAAAUAAAGCUUUUGGGUUCUUAAAGGCAGAGUGGAGUUAUGCUUCCCGACAACUACCCUCUAAUUUUGCCAAAAGUAGGCAAACCAAAGUAAAAGGCCUCGAACAGAGGUAGAAUCGGUGGGGAGAAAACACCAAGUACAAAAAAAUCUCCUUCUAGAUCAAAACCUCACAAAAACUACAGGAUUUACCCUCCUUCCCUCAAAACUCAACCACUUUCACACACUCUCAAACACACAAACCAAGAGAAACCAACUGAAGGUGUUGGCUCUUUGGUGAUACACACCUAACUGAGUGAAAGAACCUCCUUUUAUAGACGACCCAGGCUGACGAGCACCAGCUGAGGGCAAUUAGGACAGGUGAGCUGAGUGAGAGGCUCGUUAGACAACAAAUGACCAGCAGAGGGGGGUGCUGUGAAUUAGUCACGGGUGUACCUCACAACUCUGAACACUACAGUAGACUGAGCUGAGUUACCGUACAGAGGGUAUGCAGGGAGGUGAGAAUAGAUGAUACAAAUAAAAGCUACACAUCUGCAUCAAAACAGCACAUUGCUGAACACAAUUACAGCCUUUACACAGGAACACCGUUGAAUUAGUCUUUUUUCAGGUCCCUCAACCCCACCCCUUCAACUUCUAUUCUUACAUACUUACAUUCACGGUAAUUGACCAGCUGGCUGUUAACUAAGUUCAACUGCGGAGGACUACUUUCGUACGAGUUUAAACUUUAUCUUACAAGAUUUAAAAAAUGAUUUGUGUAAAAUCUUUGAUAAUAAGAGGUUUUCAAAGAAUGGUUUAGGAGAACAGCUGUGUAUUUUUCUUUUUUUUCUGCACUGUUACAGAGUGAUAGCGACUUAUUUCGACAAAACAAAGAUCGUUUUCUCGUGAUAACAAAUGAAUAAUGUGUCAGCCAUUGUUACGUUUGUUGGCCGAUUCACGCAUGGCAGUGCUGUUAGCAUUUUCAUUGAAAACCCUGGCUUGCUGUUGACAGCAGUGGCUCUGCAUUUUAAGAAAUAUCCCAAUCUGGAGAGCGUCUUUAAAAGUUACCAUAAUAGGUUCGCUUAAACGCCAUUUCUAUUAUCAUGAGACAACUAUCUUCGUUAUAUCGAGAUAAGUUGUUAUCAGGAGAUAACAGUUAAUAAAAAAUAGAAAAAUCCAUAGCCGAUGUGGUUGUAUGUACAGAUGAGUUUUGAGGCUGACUCAAAGACAGGGAACCCCCCUCAUGGAGCCCAGACGCUGGUGCUGGUGGUGAUGGAUGCGGGAUGUAAUGAGGGGUGGACAGCUGAAGAACUAAACCCUGACACUGAUGAUAAGGUGUGGAUGUGAUUAAGUAGGAGGGUCACAAUAAUCUCAUUGGGGUUUGCAUCAGCUUGGACAUAUACCAUCAUGAAAAUUACAUAUUUUACAUAUUCUGAGUAUGAAGCAAGAACUGGUGACAGUAGGGAGUGAUAAAUAAGGCCUGAGAAAUGUCUCAUUUUUAACAUUUUGAAGGCAUGAUAGUUGAUUGAUUUUCGAUUUUCUGGUUAUAAUGAGAUUGAAGUUGUUAAAACAAACACACAUACAUCAUCUGAUGACCUAACUUUCUGUGGUAAACACUUAUCGGCAAAGAAAUGCAGAUGUGAAGUAAGGUGAAGCAUAUUAUGAAUCUACGGGGGUAGACCUCACCACCGCAGUCGAGUGGAUGUUUUUUCUGACAGAGCAAAUAGCAGAAAGGUCAGAUUCAGUUUCUGAGCCAGUUUCUGUAUGCUGUCAGUGUGUUUUGGCUCAGACCAGACUGAAGCUGGAGAGCGCAGCAGCGGCCUGAUUAUGAGUCAGAGACAGAGCUGAGAGCCAGCGGUGUCAUGGAAUGUGCAAAUGUUAAAGAAAGUACUGCAGCCCGGUGAUAGAGUCCCCAUCUCAUACGUGAAGCAGAUACAGUAGAGCGAGAGAGAGAAUCAGUCUCUUCAUCUUCCUCCCCGGAGGGGCGCAGAAUAUGCUGACAAAAACAACACGGGAAAAGGAAAAAAAAAGAAAAGGAAAACAAGCAAACAAAUGGGAUGGAAGAGCAAUUUCCACAUUUGCAUGGGUGUGAAGGCUGUGCACGUCAGUAUGUUAAUGCUCAAGGAAGUCUGCAGCAGAGGUGACAGGAACAGAUUUUCUUGUAGUGCACAGUCAGAAUGUUAAAAAGGUUGAACUGGAUUUUAUCUUAUUGGCUGAGCAUACCUAGUCUCUGGAUUUCUUAAGAGGAUUUAUAUGUUUUAGAAAUGCGAAAAUAUGUGAGAAUGUGAAGUUUCUUUCACUAAUGAUCAUGUUGUAAAAAACAAAAACUGCUUGUUUGUUAGUACAUUCAAAUAAAAGGUAACCUACAAAGAAAGUUUAGCAGAUAACCAAUCAAUAAGCUUUGCAAUUUAGCAGAAACUAUUAGAAAAAAACAGAUCAGGCUUUUAAUUUGAAAAGGUAUUCAAGAAGUUUAACCAUAUUUUAUAUUUGGGAAGUCUCAACGAUGACACAAAUAUUCUUUACACAAGGUCGAUAAACCGUCUGUUCUGGCUGGUAGAUGCAGGCGGCUCACAGUAAAAAUGGGCAAGUCCUCAACUUUUUAGAUGGCUUUCCCGCCAGCAGACUGAAGACUUACUGACAUGCUCACUGGAAAUGAAAAUAAAGCCUUUGCUGUGUGUGUAGCAGGAGGAAUGUAGAGUUUCAAGAUAGAGAAUGUGUACUUUCGCCCCUGCCUUUUUUAAUUUAGGAGAUAUGAUAACUGAAUUUGUGUGUUAGAACUUUUAGUCAAAUUUUUAGCUGACUAAAUCAGGUUACAAAUGCUUUAACAGGGUUUUCUGUAUUUAACUUGUCCAACAUAACCCUCUCAAGUUGACUUUAAAUGUGAGCUUUUUGGAGUGGCAGAGGAUCACGUCAGGGUGUUUCCUCUUGAUCGUAGAGGAAACGCUGCUCAAAUUCUGAUUUUAGAGAAAGAAGCAUAAACAGAAAAUGACAAAGAUUAAAUUCCCUCCAUGAUCAGCAUUUGGCCCAUAAAUGACUCACGUUGAUCUGGACAUUUUAACUAAAAAAAAAAUAAAGCUUUGAGAUGACGAAUGAAUAUUUCGUGGUUGAGCUAAAUUCCAGUUGGCUGCUGGUCAUACUGGCAUUUAUCAAACGACGCACGAGGUCGCCCACGUUAAAGGGCGAACAUUAUUCAAAAGUUUGGGCAAAGUUUUGAGUUCGAUUACCGCCUCAAUUUCUCCCAACGACAGCAGGGCUCGACAAUGUGAAUUUGGUUGACAGGUUUUUAUUUUAGUAGGAGCCUGAGGUGGUCCCAAGUUAGAGCACGGUGGUGUGAUGAAAAGUCAAUACCAGAAAUCUGAAAAGAAAUUAAGCCAUAUUUUUUCCAUAACUUUAAGAACAUUUUAACACAUUUAGCUGUGAAAUGUCUUAUAAAUCCAGCUAUUCUAAUCCACGUUAAUUCAAGUCCCAUUUUUGGCCACCUUACUCUAAUUUUUAGCUGACAAAACCUCAUUACAUUUUAGUCUAAUUUACAUAAAUGAGUCACUAUAAUAGAUCACUUGCUUUUAAUAAGAUAGUUAAGUUCAGACUCCCCCUGCUGAUCUGCUAAGGUAAGAAAAGCUCAUUUACAUACAGAUGACAGCAUUAUUUGUUAACUUCAUGCAAGUGACGUCAAAACGUUCGUCCAGCAACAGGGACAAGCUUCUGGAUGCCGAAUAAAACUCUUUUUUUGCAUAAAUUUAUUACCUGCAAACUGUAAUCUACAUAUUCAACCAUGAUGUUGUGCACUGGGGCGUGCUAACACAUAAGGGAAGGCUAAUAUAACUGUCGAUCAUAUGCCAAAAGAAAUGGAAAGAAGGCAGUCGAUGACCAUGGCCACGCAACGGAAGAUUUGCCAACCAUGUGACCCUAAUGGUUCAUAAGUUAACUGAUUUCCAGUGUUUACAUAAUGGCUGUCAUUUACGUCAGUCACAUGACUGGUCACACAUUCAUAAACAUGUUACCAGCCAUUUUCAGGUCUCAUCUGAUAUCAAAUUGCAGCAAAAAUGGUUUUAUUAGUGAGCAGGGCAUCAUAGUCACUGACAAAAUACUAAAACGUGUAAUCAUAAGUAGAAUUAUCUCACAAGCUUAUCUUGACAACUACACAGCAAUUUUAGAUUCACAGGCUUUAUGGUAUCCCUUUAGAGGCUGUUACGGCUGUAUUUGUUUCUUUGUCUUCAUAUUAAGCGCUACAAAGACAUAUUUAUCAAAUAUACAUUAACAGUUAAAGGCAUUGUGAGGAGUUUUUGACUGCUGACUGGAGCAAACAGGACCUUUAGCAAAGCACUUAGUUUCUCUGUGUAAUGCUGAACCAAAAGAAGACCUAGAUGCAGACUCACAGGCCGGCAAAAUCAAACUCUGACACUAUACGGACAAGACGAACUGGCACAGAGGGGAGGGAAAGCUGGGUUUAAAUGCACCAGGGCAGUGGAGUUAACGAGACACAGGUGAGACUCAUCAGGGUAAUCAGGGGAGCAGGUUACACAAGGAGGAGGAAGUCAAUGCACCUGAAACAAAAGACAAGAGUGAGUAUCAAAAUAAAACAGGAAACACAAGACAAGAAACAUGAGGGAUGAAAUAAAAACAGCUCAACUAAUGAGGAGAUGUGACACUGUUAUAUUUUUCAUCUUAAACCACUGUGAGGGCCAGGUUUUAGCCCAGACAAGAUGGAGAUACAGUCUUUUAAACUAAAUUAGAUUUUUAAACACCCACUGCUUUAAUUUCAUCUAGUCAUUAAAAGACAACAGUUUGAGGUUUUGGUCUAAAAACACGAAUUCUUGGUGUACAGGACAUAUCACUUUGUCCACAGGGUACACCAGAACCAACACCAAACCAGCUGGAUGUGGUUUUAUCAUAGAUGUGCAUCAGGACAAGUUUAAGGAGGAAAAUUAGAAAGCAGCAUGAAGGUUAGGGGAAUUUUUACCUGCAGCAAAUAAGUGAGGAAAUCAACACUGCACAACUCAACUUCCUGAGCCAGUUUUACAGAUUCAUUGCUUGAAAUUUAAGCAACAUUGAAUGUCAUAUCAUUAUAAUAUCAGUCAGGAGAAAAAGCAUAUAUUUGUAAGAGUUUUUAUUAUAUGAGAUAUUUUUUUCGCCGGUUAUUGUCUCAAAUCAAAUCAAAACAAAAUUAAUUUAUAAGGCGCUUUUCCUACAGAGUGUAACUCAAAGUGCUUUACAGUUAAAAACAAAAAACUACCUCUCCCGGUGCCAAGGGCUCCCUCAGAGGAAACACUGGGGGUCCUAAAAAUGAUAAAAGGAUAAAAACAAGUAAAAACUAAAAUAGGAAUAAAACACAGAACUAAAAUAAACCAAGGCAAACUAGAAUGAAUGAAGAUAAAACAAAUAAAUAUCAAUAAAAAGCAAAGCUAAAAAGGCGGGUCUUGAGUCUGCUCUGAAAAACUUGAACGGUCUCUGCAGCCCUGAGCUCCUCUGGCAGGCUGUUCCAUAGUGGAGGGCCAUAAUACUGGAAAGACGCCUCGCCACGAGUGUGUGUCCUGACUGUUGAAAUGACUAGGAGACCGCCGCCAGACAAGCGCAGGGUCCUUGAAGGUUCAUAAGGUAAAAGAUAAGAAGACAUUUAAAAACAAGUAAAAGUACCUUAAACCUCGACUUGAUCAGGUUGUUAAGAAACAUUUAUCAUCAUUAUUUUUAUCAACAAAUUGACACUAAAACACAAAAUGUCAGUUUAGGUAUGCAAACAAAACUGCACACAGUUACAAGUUGAAAAAAAUAAAAGGACACACAUAUGAGUAGAAACCCACAAUUACCCGCUUAGAUUGGCCGUCCAACAAACAGCUAGCCAGGAGCUAGCUAGCCAAACUGCUGCCGGGUUGUUCUCUCUUCCGGUCCAGUAGAGCAGAGAGGCUGUAAAGCAGAGAGGGAAGCUAUGGACUGUGGCUUCUGUCAUGGCUGCCAGGUACCAGUUCACUCUUGCGGGAAGAUGAUAAAGCGGGUGUUCACGGGAGCAUGGCGUACUACACGCCACCAAAUCAGUCCUUGGGCAGAGAGCUGGUGGAGGGGACUACAUGUGGUGUCACAGCUCGAAACCUUCACUCCGGCUCCAAAAACUAAUUAAAGCUCACACGCUUGAUUAUUACAAUCUAAAGAGGAGCAUCUGUGCUCUUCAUGAACACAAUGGGGCUUGUUUGUUUUCACAAAAACACCACCUCUGGCAGAGGAAUGGUCAGAGGAAACAUGAUUGAACCUAACUCUGUUUUUGUGCCUUUUAUUUUUUUAUUUUUUUAGAUGCAAAGAAGCAAAAGAAAGAAGGCAAGAAGCGAGAGCGCACCCAAAUGGACUGA